AUGAUUGGGCUGGAAUCGUUACCCGAUCCCUCAGAUACCUGGGAAAUUAUUGAGACCAUUGGAAAGGGAACGUAUGGGAAAGUCUAUAAAGUUACUCAUAAGAAGGAUGGCAGUUUGGCAGCAGUGAAGAUUCUGGAUCCGAUCAGUGUAAGUAAAGAGGAAAGUUAACAAUUUGAUUUCCCUUUCCGCCUCCAAACAGAUCCAAGACCCCCUGCACAAACAGAUGUGAUACCCAUACUCAGUAAUUAGAGGAAAUGCAAGUAUUUGGGGGGUAAUUGUUCAGGUGUACAAAAAUCACAUUAUGACAGAAAGUAAGGGAGGUAGUACGGGGAUGCGGGUGGUGCUGUGGGUUAAACCACAGAGCCUAGGACUUGCCGAUCAGAAGGUCGACGGUUCGAAUCCCCGCGACGGGGGGAGCUCCCGUUGCUCGGUCCCUGCUCCUGCCCACCUAGCAGUUCGAAAGCACGUCAGAGUGCAAGUAGAUAAAUAGGUACCACUCCAGCGGGAAGGUAAACGGCGUUUCCGUGCGCUGCUCUGGUUCGCCAGAAGCAGCUUAGUCAUGCUGGCCACAUGACCUGGAAGCUGUACGCCGGCUCCCUCAGCCAAUAAAGCAAGAUGAGUGCCCCAACCCCAGAGUCGUCCGUGACUGGACCAAACAGUCAGGGGUCCCUUUACCUUUUUUAAAGGGAGAUAGCUGUUCCAACUUUGCAUUUAACCCCAACUGAACUCAGGCGCUUUUGUUUGUGUGCAAAGGUUGGACUUCUGUCCGUGCUGGGAUCUCGCACUUUGUUUGUUACUGAAAACUAAACUGGGUUCACAAAUCGCAUGAGCCUCUGCAGUGGCAAGGCUUAAGAAGUCAACUCUGAAGAUAGGUGGAGUUCUCAGGUUUCAACAUAUUGCAGCAAAAGACCCAUAAUCUUUCUCAAUACGCCACAAGUAUCUAGGUUUGGUACCGUUUGUGUGUGGGACAUGCAUAGGUAAUGUUGUUGUUGUUUUUUUUUAAAAGGAGAUACACAGGUAAUUUGUUUUUUAAUGGAAAAAUAGUUAUCUGAGAAAAUUAGAGUCAAGUGAAAUGAUUUGUAAAUGAAACCUAAAUGGUUUGAGGAAAAGUAGAGUUUAUGGGAAUAAGGUAAAAAAAAAAAAGGAGGUAAAAGACUCUUGGACGGUUAAGUCCAGUUAAAUUUGACUAUGGGGUGCGGCACUCAUCUUCGCUUUCAAGCCGAGGGAGCUGGCGUUUGUCCACAGACAGCUUUCCAGGUCAUGUGGCCAGCAUCACUAAACCUCUUCUGGUGCAACGGAACACCAUAAUGGAAGCCAGAGCUCACAGAAACGCUGUUUACCUUCCCGCCACAGUGGUACCUAUUUAUCUACUUGCACUGGUGUGCUUUUGAACUGCUGGGCUGGCAGGAGCUGGGACAGAGCAACGGGAGCUCACCCCGUCACGGGGAUUCGAACCACCGACCUUCUGAUCGGCAAGCCCAGGAGGCUCAGUGGUUUAGACCACAGCACCACCCGCGUGGCAGAGUUUAUGGGAAUAAGAGCCCAAUCUGAAACAUCAGAAGGAAGUUUCAUUGCAUUCAAUGAAAUUUAUUACCUAACAGGUCUUCUUAAGUAUGUAGGCAGGCAGAGCAGUUGUAUUUUACCUUAACAGGUGAGUGAGGAGAUUUGCUGGCAAUGCAACCAUUACACCCUGCUAUGAGCAGGCCAAGAGGUAGGGGCGUCUUUUCCUUUUACCUUCCCAUUGACUGCAGCAGGAGGUUAUUAACCACGGGUCCCUUCCUGGUGUGUGUUGGCAUCUCUGUGUCUGCGCCCAUUGCCCCCGACACACAGCCUCCCCCUUACUCUGCUAGCACAAUAUCCCUGGAAGAUGAGCUAUCACUGGAACAAGCUUCCCAUUGGAGGGCUAGGGGAUUUCCAUUGGCCUAAGAAUUGCCCCAGUGACAUACUCCCCAUAUCUACUAGUAGAGCUUCCCAAGGCCCCUCAGCAUACCUCUCCUGGGAUGUCCCACGGAGGACCUUACGGUCUUAAAAACAUCUUGGAGAUCCCGGGCCACAGGGAGGUUAGGCUGGCCUCAACCAGAGCCAGGGCUUUUUCGGCUGUGGCCCCGACUUGGUGGAACGCUCUGUCACAAGAGACUAGGGCCCUGCGGGACUUGACAUCUUUCCGCAGGGCCUGCAAGACGGAGCUGUUCUGCCAGGCCUUUGGCCAAGGCACAGUCUGACCCCCUCUCUCCUUCUGUAAUCUUCAUAGAACUCUAGCCCAAUGGUUGCCAUUAAUUUGAUUCUGUUUUCUUUUUUCUUUUUUUAAAUAUUUUUUUUAUUAAGGUUUUAAACAAAGAAAAAAGAAAAACAACACACACACAAAAAAAUACAAAAUUUAACAAUAAAAACACAAAACAUAACAAUUAAAAACAAACUCUCUUUUCCAUUCCCAAUUUUAAAUUACUUAUUUUCUGGACUUCCUCAUACCUCCCUCUUUUGUAUUCCAAUCUGCAUUAUUUGUCCAGCAGUUUCUUUUCCACUUUUUAAACCCAAUCUUUAAUUUAAUAAAAUAUUAAAAUAUAUAACUUCAACUUUUUUAAACAUAAUCCUUGUUCUUAAGGUCAUAUACCUUUAAAUUUUUCCCUUUUAUUAUCAAAUUUCCAUUUCUUUAAACAUCUUUAAUCUUGAUCUUUAAUCUUAAUCUAUCCUUAACUUUAACCUAUACAGCUGGAAACCACUUAUUUUCAAUCCAACAUCACUCUAACAUUCCUUAAUUUUGCAGUGUUUCUGAAGAUAGUCUUUGAAUUUCUUCCAGUCUUCCUCCAUCGACUCUUCUCCCUGGUCACGGAUUCUGCCAGUCAUUUCCGCCAAUUCCAUAUAGUCCAUAAGUUUCAUCUGCCAUUCCUCCAGCGUGGGAAGUUCUUGUGUCUUCCAAUACUUUGCGAUGAGUAUUCUUGCUGCUGUUGUUGCAUACAUAAAGAAAGUUCUAUCCUUUUUAACACCAUUUGGCCCACUAUGCCCAGGAGAAAGGCCUCUGGUUUCUUGGGGAAGGUAUACUUAAAUACCUUUUUAAUUCAUUAUAUAUCAUUUCCCAGAAAGCCUUAAUCUUUGGGCACGUCCACCAAAGGUGAAAAAAUGUACCUUCAGUUUCUUUACAUUUCCAACAUUUGUUAUCGGGCAAGUGAUAGAUUUUCGCAAGCUUGACUGGGGUUAUGUACCACCUGUAUAUCAUUUUCAUAAUAUUCUCUCUUAAGGCAUUACAUGCCGUAAAUUUCAUACCAGUGGUCCAUAACUGUUCCCAGUCAGCAAACAUAAUGUUAUGUCCUACGUCCUGUGCCCAUUUAAUCAUAGCCGAUUUUACCGUUUCAUCUUGAGUAUUCCAUUUCAGCAGCAAGUUAUACAUUCUUGACAGAUUCUUAGUAUUGGGUUCUAACAAUUCUGUUUCUAAUUUUGAUUUUUCCACCUGGAAGCCAAUUUUCCUGUGCCAUUAAUUUGAUUCUGAACUGAUUUUAGAAUGUAUUUCAAUUAAUUGAUUGUGAUUUUAUGUAAACUGUGCUAUUUUUACUGUUGUUAGCCGCUCUGAGCCGGGCCUUGGCUGGGGAGAGCGGGAUAUAAAUAAAUUAUUAUUAUUAUCACCCCUUUAAUAUUUUUAAUGCUGCCCCAAAGCCAUGGUUACGUGACUGCUGUUCAGUCUCUAGGUUUGUUAUGUCAUGUAAUCCACCCCUAAUAAAGCUGUUAUAUUUGUAAAGUGCCCGUCUCUGUGUGCCUCCAAUUUAGGAUGUGGAUGAAGAAAUUGAAGCAGAAUACAACAUCUUGCAAUUCCUUCCAAAUCACCCCAACGUUGUUAAAUUCUAUGGAAUGUUUUACAAAGCAGAUCAAUAUGUGGGCGGACAGCUGUGGCUUGUUCUUGAGGUAAGAUAUUUUGUGAGACUAAAUCUUAAUUAAAAGAGAUUUUUUACGAGCUAACUGCUUCUUCCAAAAAUGUAGAAGCAGAAAUACUGGCCGACCGUUAUUCUCUGAAGAAUUCUGUCUCUUUCUGCUCGUGGUUAUUAAUCGGAGGGUUCCUUUGGGAAGGAAAUGCAGCACCAGAUGUCCCGUCUACUUAGCAUUUACACUGUACAUUUACAAAUGCAUAUUUCUGAACUGAAGUGGGCCACUUCAGAAGGAAUCUGGCUUCAUCCAAAUUUAGGUGGAUGGGAAGUUGAUCCAUACUCAUUUGGGCUGUUCAGUCAGCAUAUUUGAGAAAAUAUAUACUUCUCUCAACCUCUCCAAAUGAAGAAGACCCCUGUGAGGGAGAAGUGAGAGAGGAAGGGGUACAGUUUUGUGACGGACAAAUAUAGCUUUUAACCACAGGGAAUCAUUCUGCAAGGGCUCUCCGAUCACAGUACUUUGGGGAGGGGCACUGAAGGAAUAUAUUCAAGCAAAGCAACCUCUGUUGUGUACUCCAUUUUCACACAUGUCAAGGAAGUUUUUUUUACUUAGAUGGCAGCAAUAAUGUCCUCUGGCUGCCUGUCCCUGGAGUGCAGAACCUUUGGGUCCCCCCCCCCAAAAAAACCCCCCACCCCAACACCUACUGUUUUACUAGCUUUGAACACAACGAAGGACUCCCUUAUGCCUUUCAUACUGGUUGUAACGCUGAUCUGAAAUGGUCGAGUGGCACAUUCUCCACUGAAAAUUCAAAACAAAACUUCAUUGUGCAAUUUCUAAUGCCCAGGUUUUGGAAGCUACUAUUUGUCUCAUGUGUGGGCUAUGAAGUUAUUGGGUGAGAAUUUGAAGGAGGACACAGUUUGAAGGACGCCACUGAACCACAACAACUGCCUUUCCUAAACUCUAAGCUCAUUCCAUUCUAAGCUUAUUAGCUUUCCUAAGCUCAUUCCAUUCUUUCAAUUGAUCCGACCGGCAGUUAAAUCAUACAGCGUCAUGUUUCUUGGGAUGUCAUCCUCUCAAGACAUACUGGGUGUUGGUUCCUGAUCAGGUUGUAGCCUUAUAGGGAAGAAGCAUGCAAAAGCAAAGGAAGGUUUGGGUGGCGAGAGUUGUUGAAAGGAGUGCCACCUGCGGGUGCCAUCUACAGUGUUCUCCAGACCCUUCUCAUUUUGCUUUGCAGUAAGUGUCAUCCAAAGCUAGACUGCAGACUCGGGGUGGCUGAAAAAUCCAUUUUGGGGUGGAGGUAGCUUCCAAGAGGGAAACUCUCAGUGUGCCAAACCAUGAUCAGUGAAGAUGAUUUCCUAGUUUCCUUUAUAGGGCCCAGACAGCAUUGGAAAAAUAGGGCUGAGAGGAGAGGGUUUGGUUGACACUUUCUCCUAGCUGAAAUGGCCACUCCAAGCUCCAAUUUGACCUCAGUAUGAUUUUGUUCACGAGACAGGUAGUAGCUUUGAAGAGUGAUUUAGAUCACGAGUGGACAGGUUCAGACUCUCCAAGUAUCUCUCUUUUCCAGGGACGUCCCUGAUUUAGAGAAGCCAUCCUGGUUUCUGAUUUGAUCCCGGAAUGUCCCACUUUUCCUGUUUUCAUCAGAGAAAUGUUGGCGGGUAUGCAGACUUCAGGCCUGUCGGAUCUACUUUGUGGGUUGUUGUUGUUUUACUGGAGCCCACAAAUCUUCUGAACAGAGCCACGCGGCAAAAGAAUUUAUGAACAGGGGGCUUUGGAUCAUGUUUGGGGAUUAGGGAUUUGAUUUAUUUUCAGUACCAGAAUUGAACUGAGCUCAGAAAAUUUUCAUGCAGAUGCCCACUCUUGCAUAAGUGUCCUUCAUUUCUGCAGCCCAGUUCGAGUGGGGAAAGUUGAUUUGCUGUUAUUGUUAAACAACUGGGAUUCAGGAACCAUUUCCUAUCUAUUACAAAUCAACCAGAGAUCUGCCAGGAGAUCCCUGAGCUACCACUUGCCCACCCCCGAUUUCAAUCAGGAAAGCAGAAAGGGUCAAAACAUCCCCUCCUCCAGGGACUGAUUUCCUGACUGUAUUGCUGCUUUGCUUAUUGAUAAAAUUCCAAACCCUGCAGGAGCCCCUGUUGAUGCAUCUACUGAAUCACAUCCACUUUGCCCUUCAGAAUAAUUCACUCGUGGUUUCACCCCCUCUGGAUUGCAGUCAUCAAACUGCAGGCGGGGAGAAAGUUAGCAAAAUGUUAGCAUUAUUGACCCAACUGAAAUACCCUGCACUUCAGGAUUUGCAUACCAAUUUUGUCUCUGUUGUGCUGCAAUUGCUAUUUAUAACACUUGAAUUCAAUGAAAGGAACGCCAUACAAAAGGGCUCAAAUGCUUUUGUUGCUGUUUCUUUGAUGAAAUCAUAUAUUCUUUGUGUUGUGGCAAACUUCUGGGGGUGAAAAUGUAAUUAAAAGUUCUUAUUUCCCCUCGGGGCAUCUUCGUUCUGCCAGGCUUAUACUCUGUGAGCAAUACCUUUCUCACUCAGAGCUCCUUUGAACACUUGGACCUGUCAUGACUAAAGUGUUAUUAUUACCUCAACGUGAGGGGAGGAAAAAGGAACUCCUGCAGCCCUGUUCACUUAUUUACAAAAGCGAGCACCACACACACACACACACACCAACCCCUCGCCUCCCCCUGGCCUCAUGCACCAACUUUCUCAACCUCCCUCAACAUGGCUACAUCCAGAUAUUUCGGAUUUCAGGUCUCAUGAUCCCAAGUCACUGCAAACCCUCCAAGUGUCCCUAUUUUCCAGGGAUGUCCCUGAUUUAGAGAAGCUGUCCCGGUUUCUGAUUUGAUCCCAGAAUGCCCUGCUUUUCCUUAGGAUGUCCCAAUAUUCAUUGGAGAAAUGUUGUGGGGUAUGGAGUUAUCUGACCCUCAAGCUGCCUGAAGGCAAUCCUGCAUAGGCAGGUUUGUUUAAUGUUUAAUGUUUUAUUGUGUUCUUAUAGAUGUUGGAAGCUGCCCAGAGUGGCUGGGGCAGCCCAGUAGGAUGUGUGGGGUAUAAAUAGGAAAAUUAUCAUUCUAGAAUGGGACCGCCUUGUUUUCAAUGGAGAAAUGUUGGAGGGUAUGUCAUUGGCCAUGCUGGUUGGUGCUGAUGGGUCUCCAGCUGUUAUUGGACUACAUCUCCCAUCAUUCCCAGAUACCAGUGUGAUGGCUUGUGAAUGUUCUUCACAAGAAGCACCUCUGCUCACUCAGAGAUACAUAUAUACAGUCUUUAUUUUACAGCGCAUUAGAAUCAUGCAUCUGAAUCCUCCGGUUCAGAUUGUGGGAAUGGCUUACGCCGGCCUCUUCUCCAGCAGAAAAAGCGGGGAAGUUUCACGUGAUGCCUCUCCCCCCUCCUCUUUAACUCUCUCCUUUCCCUGGCAGACGGAAUAGGCAUUGUUUCACUGUCUGUGCCAGAACUUCCUGUGCGGUGCUGAGGCUCUGGUUCAGCAUCUGAGAGCCGUCCCGCCUCCUGGCUUUCCCCUCUUUCCUCAAUUGCCACUUCCUGCCCACCUCCCUCUGCCUGUUCCUGCUCCUCCCCUGCAUUCUCUGGCAGUACCAUGACAACCAGGACCAGUGUCCAAGGAUGGUGGGAACUGUAGUUCAAAAACAGCUGCCGUCCCAAGUUUGGGAAACCUUGAUCUAGAGGGCCUAAGGUUGAGGAAGGCCACUUUGUACUGUGAGGCCACAAGCCUGUCUUUUUCUAACCCCAGUAUGAGGAACCAAAACAGAAGCAAAGAAACAUCCACAACUGUACCUCUCAUGCCAUAGUACAUGUUCCUAGGCCACUCAUGUUGAGAGCCAGUGUGGUGUAGUGGUUAAGAGCGGUAGUCUCGUAAUCUGGUGAACCAGGUUCGCUUCCCCGCUCCUCCACAUGCAGCUGCUGGGUGACCUUGGGCCAGUCACACUUCUCUGAAGUCUCUUAGCCCCACUCACCUCACAGAGUGUUUGUUGUGGGGGAGGAAGGGAAAGGAGAAUGUUAGCCGCUUUGAGACUCCUUCCAGUAGUGAUAAAGCGGGAUAUCAAAUCCAAACACCUUUUCUUCUUCUUGAGCUCACACCUCAUCUUAAUAGGGUUGUUAUGGAUCUAAACAGCAAACAUACGGUGGUCAGAUGUGCUUUGAGGAGAUAUACUGGUCCGUCUAGAACUAUAGUUGAGAUUUUCUACUGGUGAAUGCAAUAGAAAAAAAGACACCAGGGUGAUAGCAAAAUAGCUACUGGAGAGGCAUGAGUGAUGAACUAAUGAUGUGGGCAAAAAUCCAUUUAGAAAGGUUUUAAUUUUACUUUUUCUCUCGCCGUUUUAGUAUGUGGAAAACUAUAGAUGGGGGAAAUGUUUGCAAGAAGCUGAGCUUUUCUGGAUUCUGAAUGUUUCAUCUCGGUUGUUGGCAGAAUGCGCCAUCAAGCCCGAGUAUAGAGAUAUGUCUGCCAUCUAUUUUAUAUUGCCUGCCAGCAGGAGUAUUGAUGGAGUGAAGGUGUGAAAUGACUGUAAUUUGUUGCCUCCCAGUUAUCAAGUCUAUCAAUCUUGUCCCUUAAACACACACACACACACACACACACACACACACACACACACCCCUCUCCUGGAUUUUCCUUCACACAAAAGGCACUUUUAGAAAAGAUACGUUAGUAUAAAAGUAUACCACUUCUGAUACACACACACAAUAUUUUAAAACAGAGAUGAAUCCCAUUAAAAACAACAACACUCAAUUCAGUUUAGCUGGUGGGACGCAGAUGGCGCUGUGGGUUAAACCACAGAGCCUAGGACUUGCCGAUCAGAAGUUCGGCGGUUCGAAUCCCCACGACGGGGUGAGCUCCCAUUGCUCGGUCCCUGCUCCUGCCCACCUAGCAGUUCGAAAGCAUGUCAAAGUGCAAGUAGAUAAAUAGGUACAACUCUGGCAGGAAGGUAAACGGCAUUUCUGUGCACUGCUCUGGUUCGCCAGAAGUGGCUUAGUCAUGCAGGCCACAUGACCCAGAAGCUGUACUCCGGCUCCCUUGGCCAGUAAAGCGAGAUGAGCACCACAACCCCAGAGUCGGUCAUGACUGGAACUAAUGGUCAGGGGUCCCUUCCUUUUAACUUUGGGCAAGGACCAGAGCUCAGUGGUAGAGAACAAGAUGUGUUGUGUGGAGGAGGUCUCACGUUCGGUCCCCCACCUCUCCAAGUGUCACAGAAGCAUGCCGGUCAGUAAUCGCAGAAUUCAAAGUUGGAGUUAACUCCUUAUUAGCAAAAAAAACCCCAUGAUCUCCACAGACUUGGUUCAAUGUCAGGCCUAAUGAGCAGCUUGUUCUUGGUGGUCUUAUUCCAUGAAAAGCAGUUGCCGAGACUGAAAGUCCCCAUCUCCACACAGCUGUCCAAGUCCCCUCCUCUCCAGGGCUUUCCCCAAGCAACCGGAGGCUACGCCCGUGUGCAGUCUGUCCCUGCUCCACCCUCUUCAUGCCUCUUCUGGUUCUGGGAGACGAAGAGGGAGGGGAGCUUGUCGCAGUAGGAGGAGGAGACACCUGUGACUCUUCACCAGCCCGACUCUUCUCUGCCUCUUGGCCUCCCUCUCUCCACUCACCUUCAGCUUCUGCCUCUGAUUCUGACCUGCCACAGACUCUUCCCCACUCACUAAACCCUGUUACAUCUUCAGCUUCUGACACCUCGUACUCCCAGUCUUCUCUCUCUUCAUCACUACUCCCUGUUUUAUUCAAGUCUUCUUCCCUUGGGGGUUCUCCAGCUGGUUCCUCUCACCAUUCCUCUGUGUCCAACCCGUCCAUGAAACCUGGAAAAGAAAGACAGGAAGACCCUCUGCUUGAGACCCUGGAGAGCUGCCUGUCAGAGUAGAGCAGGCAUAGGCAAACUCGGCCCUCCAUAUGUUUUGGGACUACAACUCCCAAGAUCCCUAGCUAACAGGACCAGUGGUCAGGGAUGAUGGGAACUGUAGUCCCAAAACAUGGAGGGCCGAGUUUGCCUAUGCCUGAGCUAGAGGGACAAAUAGUCUAACCUAGUAUAAUGCAGCUUCCAGUUCUCUUAUGUUUUCAGAUUCCUAAUUUUUCCACCUAUUUUGCCAGGCCUAAGGGCUGGUGACUGAUCAGACCCUCUGGGCCUUUUACAUUAACAACAAGUAUCAAAGUUAGAUGACUUCGAAAUGUCACUUGAAGCAGGAACCUAUCUAUUAUAAGCCAUCCUAGUCCCUAACAUGGAUGUUGGAACCCAAUGGUUUAAGGGAACCUUAGGGUCUCAUUCUGAUCCUCAGUACAUUGACCCUUUAAAGUGAAUGGAAGGAAGGCAAUGAAGAAGGAAUAGUUCGGUCGGCAGAGUGUGAGACUCUCAAUCUCGAGGUCAUGGGUUAUAGCCCCACGUUGGGCAAAAGAUUCUUGGAUUGCAGGGGUUUGGACUUGAUGACCCCUGAAGUGUAGGUGGGUUCCCACAAGGCAAGACACAGUGAUAACAGAACUAACAGAACUGGACAACAGGGGCAAAGCAAGUGCUUUUAUACGUUUCUGAAGGCCUGGGCCACUCCCACUCUCAACACGAUUGGCUGUCUAAACUUCGAAUCAUGACUCAGAGUUUAAGGGCCAAUGGCAGAGGCCCAAAUCCUGAAACGUUUUGUGAUUGGAUAUCAUGUAUUAAAUCAGAACACAGGGGCUCAGAAUCCUUAGUCCAGACUCAAGCUCAGGCAAAAACUGGCCAUUGAAUACAUAACAACCCACGUGGUCCCUUCCAACUCUACAAUUCUAUGAUUUUGCAGUGGGAUUUGCUUCCCUCCUGAAAUGAAUGAAGAAGACUUUAUGUCUAGGGGAGCUGCAUUUAUCCAUGGAGGCACUGUACUCAUUAGUAACCUUGUGAUGAUGACGAAGCCUUUGACCCUUGAGAUGUAUAUUUUAGGACCCACCCCACUCUCUUAUUCUAAUGUAUUUUAACUGUUUUUAAUACUGUGUUUUUAAAAUGGCCAUAACUCGCCCUGGGACCUCAUGGUGAAGAGCAGGAAAGAAAUUAAACCAGUAAAUAACAGGUCACGAGCAUCCUUGAUUUCAUCUAUGUGAAGCAAUGCUCUGUGCAGGCAUUUGGAAAAGCUGCCACAUGUUUCCCAUUCCUGAGAAUGGGAAGCCAAUGAAGUUCACAGGCUUCUGAAUUGUGGCUUCUGUUUGGAAAGGGAAGUGUCAUGGGAAUCAAGAGGGCCUAGUUUCAUCUUCAUGAGCUUACAGCCCAGCGUCGAAUCUCUUGUGUGUAUAUAUUGUUACUUGAUCCAUGAAAGCAGAGAUCUGCAAGCUAAACAGUCCUGUUGAGUGACUAACAGGGGGUCUUGCUCUGCUUCUCUUUCCCCUCUUCCGCCCCCUUUUUGCAGCUGUGCAAUGGAGGUUCUGUCACAGACCUUGUCAAAGGCUUGCUGAAGUGUGGCCAGCAGUUGGAUGAAGCUAUAAUCUCGUACAUCUUAUACGGCGCUCUCCUGGUAAGGAUGUUCAUUAAGCUUCUAAUGACAGCAGAGGGUGCAAUUUACUCCCUGAUGACAUUUUCUAUUUAUAAAUGAUGGCGCGGCUGACAGUAAAACGCGGAUUUUGUUAUAGCAGCAACGGGGGGCUGUUUGCAGGAUGUGAUGCAUCGAACAGUGUGCAUGCAGAUUGUUUUGAUUGCCCUCCCUAAAAUUAGGGAAAUUACAUUUCAAAACGGGAGUUAGCAUCUUCUCUCUCUCUCCCCUCCCCUUCUCCUCCUCCUCCUCCUCCUCUUUUUUUUUUUUUGCACCAGGGUCUUCAGCACUUACACAACAACCGGAUCAUUCACCGUGAUGUCAAGGGGAACAACAUUCUCCUGACGACAGAAGGAGGAGUCAAGCUUGUUGACUUUGGUAAUGAACAGCUUCUUUCUUUAGACCAGGGUGUCUGGGUUUUUUGACUGCAUGGGAAAGCAGAGAAGUCUCUUCACCUGAGUGUUCUUUCGGGGAGGAAUCUUGAAAUGAGAAGGCAAAAAAUGCACGAACAUAGCAAUGCUAGGGAAGGGGUCGUAGCUCAGAGGCAGCAGAGCUCACGCUUUGCAGGCAAGAGCGCCCAGCUUCAAUACCUGGAAUCUCCAGGUAGGCCUCGUUUGAAAUCCUGGAGCUGCCACCCAAAGGUCUGCUCACUAUAAGUGAAAUAUACUCGAAGUCGAGAGUGGAUUUCAUGCUCUUUAUUCAGCUCAUAGUGGUGAGGAGGAAUGGAAGUUCCCCCAGAAAGUCUGCUUUAUAUACAUUAUUUACACAAUGGGCCCCACGUGAUUGGCUAAUUCUGGGAUUCUCCUGUAGGCCAAUCAGGUCGCGGAUUCACUUCCACCUGGAGCUGGAUUGGGUGGCUCCUGUGGACAAGUCAGAUUGCUGCAUUCUGGAGCCUAUUGUUCUAGGACCAAUCAGGCUGCUGCAUUCUGAAUCCUAUUGUUCUAGGACCAAUCAGACUGCUGCAUUUUGGAUCCUAUUCAACUCAGCACAUAACAAUAAGGCAGCCUCCUGUUUUCUCAGGUAUGGGGGAAAGGAGGAAGAAGCUUCUAAUCUAUCUGGUUCCUCUCAGGAAGCCUGAGCAGCAAUCAGGUCAAACAAGCUGGAGGGUGGAGCUGGUGAAAUAAUACAAGCUCCCAGCCUCCCCCCGGGGGCUUAUAAGUCUUGGAUGGAGUCAUGGGAGGGAGAAGGCAGAGGAGAAGCUUGGAGAAAGCAGAAGCUGCUGUUUGAGGGAGGAACCAGCCAGAUCACUCCUGUGCUGAUGGGAAGGGUAAAUUGGGGGCGUUUUCUCUCCCCGCGGAGUCCAGCUAUUUCCAUCUGGCAGAAAGAUAGCAGAACUGCCUCCCCAAACAUUUGUUGUUGUUUAGUCGUGUCCGACUCUUCGUGACCCCAUGGACCAGAGUACGCCAGGCCCUCCUGUCUUCCACUGCCUCCCACAGUUUGGUCAAACUCAUGUUUGUAGCUUCGAGAACACUGUCCAACCAUCUCGUCCUCUGUCGUCCCCUUCUCCUUGUGCCCUCCAUCUUUCCCAACGUCAGGGUCUUUUCCAGGGAGUCUUCUCUUCUCAUGAGGUGGCCAAGGAAUUGGAGCCUCAGCUUCACGAUCUGUCCUUCCAGUGAGCACUCAGGGCUGAUUUCCUUCAGAAUGGAGAGGUUUGAUCUUCUUGCAGUCCAUGGGACUCUCAAGAGUCUCCUCCAGCACCAUAAUUCAAAAGCAUCCAUUCUUUGGCGAUCAGCCUUCUUUAUGGUCCAGCUCUCACUUCCAUACAUCACUACUGGGAAAACCGUAGCUUUAACUAUACGGAUCUUUGUUAGCAAGGUGAUAUCUCUGCUUUUUAAGAUGCUGUCUAUUACCUGCUUCUGGAACCCCCAGAAAUUUCAAAACAGUAUGGAAGGAAGAGAGGGAAAACUCUGGUCCUGAUCCGAUUGUACGUAAAGCACACCAGCUGUGGCUAUGUGCCCAUAUCUUGCUCAAUUAAUUGUCAAUAGUAACACCCAGGUUUUUUGUGUCGGUGGUGGGAUCAGGACUCCCACCAGUUACCUGAUUUGGGCUAUCUAUAUGUGGGCAGCCCUGGCAAUCGAAUCAGGCCAGGAAACUUCCAUGCUUCUCCCUCAUGCUGCUUGCUAGAUCAGAGCAUUUGUUCACACAAAUAAUAUUGGGGAGAGGCUCUUUUCCCCCAGUGCGGCGAAGGCAAAGAGGAAAUCUCUAGAUUUUAAAUAUUAUCUUUUCCAUAUGAAAAGAAGGCACUGUUCUUUCUAAAACAGUUUUGACUAGCCUUUAGCAUAUUUAUUCACUCUCGGCAGAAGCUGAAGUGGUCCUCUGGGUCCAAAAGCUAACAGAUCCAUUUAAUUUGCAAUUACAGCUGUAAGAUAUGAGUGUGACUGAAAAUUGGAAGCCUCCAUAAAAGGAUGAAAGAGAGACGGGAAGAAGUGGGUUUUGCAGCAGACUUCUGAAUAAGCUUGCUGAUUUCUUGAGGAGGAUGCUAAUUCAAGUAAUAACGAUAGCAAUAAUAAAAAGAGACGAGAUAGAUGUGACUCACGCAGCCAAGUUUUAUGUCUUCAAAAACGGGGUCAGCACAUUGCGUCUUCCUCCCAUCACCCCAUACAGUGGUACCUCAGGUUAAAUACUUAAUUCGUUCCGGAGGUCCGUACUUAACCUGAAGCCACCAGAGCACAAUUUCUGUUCUCAUCCUGAAGCAAAGUUCUUAACCCGAGGUAAUAUUUCUGGGUUAGCGGAAUCUGUAACCUGAAGCGGUAUGUAACCUGAAGCUUGUGUAACGCGAGGUACCACUGUACUUGCAAGCGCCUAGCAGCAACUAACGCAAUCAGUUCGCAAUCGCCAUCUUGGGACAGAGGCUAUGCACACAUUACUGGUUAGUCUGGCUCCAAUGUGCUUCCACUGCUGGUGUUUGAAGCCAGGUACACAUGACACGGGUAGGAUGCGGGUGGCGUUGUGGUCUAAAUCACUGAGCCUCUUGGGCUUGCCAUUCAGAAGGUUGGCGGUUUGAAUCCCCGCAACGGGGUGAGCUCCCGUUGCUCUGUCCCAGCUCCUGCCAACCUAGCAGUUCGAAAGCACAACAGUGCAUGUAGAUAAAUAGGUACCACUCCGGCGGGAAGAUAAACGGCGUUUCCGUGCGCUGCUCUGGUUCGCCAGAAGCGGCUUAGUCAUGCUGGCCACAUGACCCAGAAGCUGUACGCCGGCUCCCUUGGCCAAUAAAGCGAGAGGAGCGCUGCAACCCCAGAGUCGUCCGCGACUGGACCUAACAGUCAGGGGUCCCUUUACCUUUACCUUUUUACACAUGACAUCAGCAACAACCCAUCUUUAUCUUGUAGCUCCUUGAGAAAUACUCCUAUAUGGUGCAUUUGCCCUCAAACCAUUUUCUAUUGAAUUUGAAAAUGGAGGCCACACUUAAGCAGAGGUAUGUUCAGUGCAGAUGUUCAUUGCGCAUGUGCAGAAGAUAGCUUCAUCGAAUUUGAUGGAGUUUGAUGGGGUUUCAGGCAGGAGAAACAAAUCAGGGAGCUGGCAAUGGUGUGUUUCCCUCCCCUUCUCCCAACCCCUUCUAUUUUUACUUCUAACAUCUGGUGUAGCUUGCUCACGACUUCGUGGCAUUUUUGGUUGCUCCUAUAAAGGUAUUGCCCAUCUGGGGAUUUUGCAAUAAACCUCCACAGUCACUGGCCCCCACCCCACCCAAAUUCCUGUCCAGAGGGUUACAACAAUAAUAUAAAGAAGUGAAUAAACAUGCAUAAUACUGAGUUGGGAGAGUUAACCAGCGAACACAGGGUUUCCCAUACUGGAGUCUCCAGCUGUCUUUGGACUACAAGUCCCAUCAUUCCUAGCUAGCAGGACCAGUGGUCAGGGCUGAUGAGAACUGCAGUCCAAAAACAGCUGGAUACCCAAGUUUGGGAAACACUGAGCUAACUGAACAAGACAGAAAAGUAAUUCACAUCAGAUCGGUAGCUCAGUUGGUUAGAGUGUGGCGAUGAUAAUGCCAAGGUUGCAGGUUCGAUUCCCUGUAUGAGACAGCUGCACAUUCCUGCAUACUAGAUGAUCCUCAGGGUACCUUCCAACUCCAGAAUGCUAUGAUUCUAUGAAACCACAAUUUAUUUUUUUUAGGGGGGGAAACCUUUCAGUAUGUAAAUGUGGCUUCUCAAAAACAACCCUACUGGGCAGCAAUCCCUAAGCAGAAUAAACUGCUUUAUAUACAUCCCAUUUGGCACUUCAGUAAGUGCUAAUUCCCUGGUACUUCCAAAGUAGCUGAAUUUAUUUUAAAAGCAAAGGCUCUGUGGUUGCUUUUUGCAAGGAAUGUGAGAGCAGAUGCCUGUUUAUUGCAGGGAGGUGCAGAAAUUCGUUAUUGAUGAGUAGUUGAAACACACAGCUUUGAGGAGCCAAUUGGGCAAACAACUAGCCUAAAGCAACAGCUUAUUGAGUAGUCUCAUUGGCAUCUAAAGGGUAAGGGGUGGAAAUCACAUUUUAUCCGAUGCUUUCUUCCCGGGACAAUAAUUAGCACCAGCAGCUUGCUUGAGCUGCAGGAAAUAACCCGUCAAUGCCAAAAGAAAAGAGCACAUCGGAGGGAAGAAGUAAAAAAAAGGGAACAAUAUUGGUUGAAUAGCAUUUUUCAAUAUUUUGCACAUAAUCACCAUGCUGCACUCCCACAGUGGGAUAUAAAAUCCAAAAUAGAACAAGAAUGGCAAACGAUUGAUGCUGUCAACUGGCUGUGCUUUAGUGCGAGAAGAGUUGGAUGAGAGAGCCAUAAGUUUAGGUGGCUUUUUGUCUGAUCCUUUGACAUACAUUUCUGACAUCUCAAAAAAAACACCUUGCAAAAUAUUUGAUGGCACAAAAUGUAAUGUGUUUGCUAAGAUGAAAUCUACCUGCAUUCCAAACCCAUUUUGAAACUGGAGCAAACCUAAGCGCUGUCCAUUUAGUCCACAGAAUGACACAGGUACAAUUUCAGAUUUCAGUGUGUUUGCACUUAUGCAGUGGCCAAAAUUCUUACAAAGUACAGUCAUACCUCAGGAUAAAUAUGCUUCAGGUUGAGCGCUUUCGGGUUGCGCUCCACGGCGACCCGGAAGUAACGGAGCGCAUUACUUCCGGGUUUCGCCACUCGCGCAUGCGCAGAUGGUAAAAAUGAGGUCACACGCAUGCGCGGAAGAGGCGAAACGCAAGCCACGCAUGCACAGACGCGCUGUUGCGUCUUAUGUUCUGUUCAGGAUGCGAACAGGGCUCCAGAACGGAUCCCGUUUGCAUCCCGAGGUACCACUGUAUAGCCAAAUGUCUCUCCUGCUCUUUGAUACAUUCAAGAUUGAAUUGCAAAACAAAGCGUAGCAAAACGAAAGCAUUUGUAGCCGUUCUAUUUCAUCUUUAUACCUCAAGUAUACAGUGGUACCUCAGGUUACAUAUGCUUCAGAACAGUUUCAGGUUAAGAACGGACCUCCAGAACGAAUUAAGUACUUAACCUGAGGUACCACUGUAUAUAGAAUGAUUAUAUGAUUCAAAACAAUAAUGACUUUCACUGCAUUCCUGUGGCCACUAAACCAAGUGUAAGGCCUGUUGAACUCAAUGGAACUUACUUUUGAAUAAACAUGCAAAGGAAUGUGCAGCAGGAAGAACCUGGUAGAUAGAAAUACAGGUGCUCCUGAUAUUACGUUUGGUCUGCAACGGAGGUCAGAGAAAAUGCUUCCCCCAUACUCCCUAAAUGAUACCCUGAAAAGUGGUGAGGUUACCUUGUUAUUGGCAUUCAUGGAGUGUGUCUCCAGAGGUGAAGUCAAAUGGCUGUGUUAGGAGCAAGCCUGGGCAGUGUGUAUGGAGAUCUUGGGCUGUCCACAUGACAGCCCCAGCUUGGUCUCCCUGAUGUGGUCCGAAGGAAAGCAGAGCAAUAUGUUUGGCACCAGCUUGGCUGCAGGAGCUGCUGCCAAAAGGAGGUAUGUAAGACACAGUCCAACCGUCUUAGGGCCUCCACUCCAGUUUUGUGUAGGGUUUGCUCCUCAGCCUUUUCUUCUCCUGAAGAUAUACCACAAGGCAGCAGAGGUUUCAGAUCAGAGUUCUUCUACUCCUAGAUGGGCUACCUUCCCAGGUUGACAGCCCCUUCUCCCUCUACAUCACGUGCAGAAACCGUCUCCUUGACCAUUGGACCCACCGUUGGUCUUGUCCACUCAAUCCGCCAGAGCCUGUCUUCAUGUGCAGCACAAGUCCCUAACUCACUGAGGGUUUGAGACCCAUUGGCUACCCUCACCUAGUUUAGCCAGCCAGUGGAAGCCAUUCCAGGGUGUGGCUGCUGUCGCAUGCAGACAGCUUCUAGGACAGCGGUUCUCAACCUGUGGGUCCCCAGAUGUUGUUGGACUACAACUCCCAUCAUCCCUGAGCUCUGGCCUUGCUAGCUAGGGGUGAUGGGAGUUGUAGUUCCACAACAUCUGGGGACCCACAGGUUGAGAAAGGCUGUUCUAGGAGCCACAGGUGAUAGCUGAAUGCAGGGUUGGGGACUAAAGAUGCACAAACUACCCCAAAAGGUGUAUGGUGUGUCCCCUGCCAGAGGUACUACCCCUCCUCUAACACCCCAUAUAGCCUGGUUAAGUUGAAAACAGGGUGGCCCACUUUCUCCCAGCACAAAACCACCAUUGAAUACACCCCACUGGUAUCACACACUGAAUUGUCUCUGUUUUCCCCAAUGAAUCCUGGGGGUUGUAGUUUGGUCAAGGUGCUGAAAAUUCCAUUUUUGGGGUUCCCACCUUCCUCUUCAAAAACUACCAUUCCCAAGGAAAGGGAAGGGCCUUUAAGUCUAGUUUAAGUCUAAUGCAGACAUGACUUCUGAAUACCUAUUUACUCUUAUAUACUUGUCACUUUUGGUUGUGAUCAAUACAUGCUAUUAAGCCCAAGAGAGCCGUUUUAAAAUUGGAUACAGAUUCUAGGCGAUCUACAGCAAAUUAUAGAAAAGGAAAUUUUUGCACAUGGGCGAGAACUACAGAGAUCAAUAUUCAGUUAGUGAACAAUUCUGUAAAUGGUUGCCAAAUUACUCCGAACUUGUGUGAGUUAUCCCUCUUAUAGUACAUAAUUUGUUCUUUGUUGGACGACUCUAUAAGGUCUUCAGUUCCCAAAUACAGGUGGAGAUUAGGCUCCCGCAGACAUCCUUUUUAUUGCACAUUUACCAUGAUAUGUGCUCACGAUGCUGUUACUUGUGAUCCCACUUCCAAUACAAGCAUUUUGAGGUGGCCAGCCUUCUUCAUUUCCAGUCAGUGGAUAUCCUCCUGAAAUUCCAUAACUUUCCUGCUUUUGUUGUGCUAAAGUGCCUCGGGGCAGCAAUAACGUGGUUGCAUUGGAGGAGUACAGGCGAUUUAUGCAGUGGUUAUGUUCCAGGCCCCUGUGUGCAUAAGUGAAGUUGUGUAAAGUGGGGAUCACCCUUUAAACGCCCUCUCCACCACUCUCUCUUCAAUCCAUACCCAAAAUGCCAUAUGUAGAAAAUAUCCACAACUGACAUUGAAGGUCUGGGGCUAGCAGGAGGCUGGGGGGGGGGCGGUAAGUGGAAAAGCAACUCCUCCUGCUGCUGCUGCACUUGAAAUUGAAAUUGAAAUACUUUAUUGUCACUUGUACAACUUGUAUACAGUGAGAUUACACGAGCACCUCCCACUCAGCUCUCUUCGUCUUAAUUCCCCUCAUUUACUGACACAAACUCACCAAACCAGAAAGUCAGUUGCCCUGUUGUUAUCUUUUCAUUCAGCAGCCUAACAGCCCACGGAUAGAAGCUGUUUUUUACCCUGUUGGUGCAACUAAUCAUGCUUCUGUAUCUUCUGCCCGAGGGCAGGAAAUCAAGAAAGUGCCGGCCAGGGUGUGAAUCAUCCCUGAGGAUUUCCCUCACUCUCCUGAGGCAAUGUUCUUCCACUAUGUCAUCCAGCGAAUUCAUGGGACAGACCAUAAUAUCUUGUGCUGUAUUCACCACCCUCUGUAGGCACUUCCUAUCAGUUGAUGUCAAACCAGCAUACCACACCGUGAUGCAGUAUGAAAGGACACUUUCUACUGUGGACCGGUAGAAGGAGAUCAUCAAAUGUUCUUUCGCAAUACUCUGAGGAGAUGGAGUCUCUGUUGGGCUUUCUUAACCACCUGGGUUGUAUUGAUUUUCCAAGUAAGGUCUUCACUGAGAUAAACUCCUAGGAAUUUAAAGGAAGAGACUUUCUCCUCACAGCCCUGCAGAUCAGCUGUUAGGCAGGGAGACUGAGCAGCCACAAUGAGCCUCCAGGUUGCUUCAGGGUUCCCUCACUGAUGUCCUCUUUGGGCUCCAAGAAGAGUGUACUCGCAAGACAUGAGCUCUCUCCUGCCAUUUCCGGGUUUGAAUGGAAUGAUUUCCUGGCACCAUGCGUAUACAGUGGUACCUCGGAUUAAGAACUUAAUUCGUUCUGGAGGUCCGUUCUUAACCUGAAACUGUUCUUAACCUGAGAUACCACUUUAGCUAAUGGGGCCUCACACUGCCACCGCACCACUGCCACGCAAUUUCUGUUCUCAUCCUGAAGCAAAGUUCUUAACCCGAGGUACUAUUUCUGGGUUAGUGGAGUCUGUAACCUGAAGCGUCUGUAACCCGAGGUACCACUGUACACGGUUGUGCAUGAGUCGAUCGCACAUGAAUGGGGGGGGUGCCUAUAUUGCAGAUCAAACUGAAGCAGAAUAAAUCCAUCACUAAUCACUAUGAUUGUGUCAAUAAAAGGUUGCAGUAUACAUCUGCAAUAAGAUACCAGUCUGGAGGGACCCAUCGAGAUUUCCACAGCUGCAAUAUAAUGUAAAAAGGGAGCAGGUGGCGCUGUGGUCUAAACCACUGAGCCUCUUGGACUUGCUGAUCGGAAGGUCGGCGGUUCAAAUCCACAUGACAGUGAGCUCGGUCCCAGCUCCUGCCAACCUAGCAGUUCGAAAACACGCCAGUGCAAGUAGAUAAAUAGAUACCGCUGCGGCGGGAAGGUAAACGGCGUUUCCAUGCACUCUGGUUUCUGUCACAGUGUUCUGUUGCACCAGAAGCAGUUUAGUCAUGCUGGCCACAUGACCUAGAAAGCUGUCUGUGUACAAACUCCAGCUCCAUUGGCCUGAAAAGCGAGAUGAGUGCCGCAACCCCAUAGUCGCCUUUGACUGGACUUAACUGUCCAGGGGUCCUUUACCUUUAUACACACACACACACACACACACACACACACACACAAAAACCCCAUAUAUAUGUAAAGCCCUGUUUAGGGAAGUUUUUAACAUUUAAUGCUGUAUUGUUUUUAACACUUGAUUGGAAGCCGCCCAGAGUGGCUGGGGAAACUCAGCCAGAUGGGCUGGGUAGAAAUAAAUAAAUAAUAAUAAUAAUAAUAAUAAUAAUAAUAAUAUUUAUUUAUAUGAUGUACUUGGUGCCAAAUGAUCUGCCAAUCUCAAGUGUAAUUUGGUUGACAUCUGUCCAAAUGGCAGAGAUGUGCCACUAUAGAAGGUGAUUGAUUCUAUUCAAACAGAAGCCUCAAUUGAUUCUGGGAAUGACAUCUUGGCUAGGCAAUUCCAAAAUGCACCCACUUUAGAAUUGCCUGACUUUAGAAUUGUCACCCAUUAGUGGGGGGAAUUGUAUAAAUCUAUUGACCUUGAUUGCCCUCUCUGGCAUUGUAUUGAAAGGGCAAUAAGGAUAAGUUUUCAAAAAAGAAUGCUGUUGUGCCAAUAUUUGGAAUGCAUUUUAUCAUUACAGGUGUUUCUGCGCAGCUUACCAGCACGAGGCUGAGGAGAAACACAUCAGUUGGAACCCCAUUUUGGAUGGCUCCUGAGGUGAGCUAUAGUUUGCUUAUCGUGCGUAUGCUUACUUCUAUUAAAUAGCUGCUUUGAACUGGUGUUUUUUUUUUAACUGCUAAUUCCGUUGUCUUGUUAUUUGUUGAAUUGGUAUGUGUGUGUUUUUGACAAGUAGUACAUAAGUUAUAUUAAAUACAAAAAUAAAAAGCUAGAUUUAAGAUUUCAGGGCUUUGAGAUACAUGUUAUCUGAAUUCUCAAACCCCCUUUAUAUAUAGGAUACUAGCCAUCCAUCUUUAAGAAUAAGCCGAGGUUAAGAAGAUUGGGAUUUAGCUGAGGUGACCGAAGUUAUGUGCCAAAAACAGGGCAGCAAAGUUUGAACCCACAUCUAUGGUGAAUGGUAGUUUCCCACUGAAUCUGCUUUACAUCCAACCUGAUUCUAUAUAGCAGGUCAUCAAAGGAAUUUGUUAAAUACUACAGUUUCUCUAAUCUGGCAACACUCCCUCCAACAGUUAACUCAUAUGGUGAGUGUCAUGAAUGUGUCAGUGUCAUGGCAAUAGAGUCAGAUUCUCUCCCCCCCUUUUGGGGAGGAGGUCCAGAAUUCAGAUUAGGAGAAAGAAAACUGCAGCAGAAGUACCUGGUCCAGAGUGUUCUGUUGUUCCAGUACAUCUCUAGCCUUAGGAAGUCACAUUGUAGAGCCAGUGUGGUGUAGUGGUUAAGAGCAGUGGAUUCGUAAUCUGGUGAACCGGGUUCACUUCUCCGCUCCUCCACAUGCAGCUGCUGGGUGACCUUGGGCCAGGCACACUUCUCUGAAGUCUCUCAGCCUCACUUACCUCACAGAGUGUUUGUUGUGGGGGAGGAAGGGAAAGGAGAUUGUUAGCCGCUUUGAGACUCCUUCGGGUAGUGAUAAAGCGGGAUAUCAAAUCCAAACUCUUCUUCCUCUGACUCUUAAGACUCAGAACCCAAGGAGAGCCACAUUUUUACCUCCUCCAUUGGAUCAAUGGCUGCUAAAAUAGACUUGUCCCCUUUAAAUCAAGAGGUUCCUCUCAUGCAAGGUAGAGCUAGCAACUGAAAUGAUGCAGCAACCGCUAUUUAAGGGUCAGUCUGAGGAUGACUGCCGCUGAAACAACAUUUGAGCAUUGCUCUUGCGGAGCCAUGCAUGGAGCUGUCCAGGGUGCCACUGAAGACUUCCCUCCAUCCUGCUGAGCCUGUCACUCAACAGAGAACAAAGUGGGCUAUUCUGUAAGAGGAAGGUGAUGAGAGAUGCACCUGGUCCCUUUAAAACAUUCAGACCCAGAAUAAAUGUGACACCAGAGCCUAUGCAAUGUUCAACACAAGUAGCACCUCAUUUAAAACACCACACAACCAACCUCUGCCUGGUCAGUCAUCCUACAUGCGCUGCACACUUCUUUGAAUUUUCCAGUGCACUUCUUGGCUCAAAAACAUUAAAAUGAAUAUUUUAAUAUUAAAAUGAAUAUUUUGGGUUGCAAUGCAAUGCAUGAAUAUUUAGGGGGAAAUAUUUAGGGGGAAAUGCAUAGGGAAUUGAUAUUUUUGGGAAAACAUACAGAAAUGAAUAUGAAAUGUGUACUAUUGUGAAUGCAAAGUUCUUUUUGGAGUUUUAUUAAAAAGAAAAAAAAGUUCCAGCAAAAUUGGAUGGAAUCAAUAUGUCAAGAGGGAAAAGGACCAGAGAUGGACUGAUCCCCCUGUACUUGUUUGAAACAAGGACCUAUUUACAUAUAACACCGGUCCUGAAAGACCUACAUUGGUUCCAGUACGUUUCCGAGCACAAUUCAAUGUUGGUGCUGACCUUUAAAGCCCUAAACGGCCUUGGCCCAGUAUACCGGAAGGAGCGUCUCCACCUCCAUCGUUCAGCCUGGACACUGAGGUCCAGCGCCAAGGGCCUUCUGGCGGUUCCCUCCCUGCGAGGUUAUAGGGAAGGUUACAGUGAACCAGGCAGAGGGCCUUCUCAGUAGUGGCACCCACCCUCCUAUCAGAUGUCAAGGAAAUAAACAACCAACUGACUUUCAGAAGACAUCUGAAGGCAGCCCUGUUUAGGGAAGUUUUUAAUGUUUGAUGUUUUAUUGUGUUUUUAAUAUUCUGUUGGGAGCUGCCAGUGACUGGGGAAACCCAGCCAGAUGGGCAGGGUAUAUAUAAUCUAUUAUUAUUAUUAUUAUUUACUUGUUAGAGCUCCACCGAUGUGCACAGGGGUCAAGAAUGCCACCCCUGUGUGAAACGCUCAUUGCCUGUACACAAGAAGCAAUAAAUGAGCAGCAAAUAUCCGAAUGCAUUUCAAUACAACUUUUUAUUUUUAAACUGCAUGGAUUAAAAAAUAAGGCAGAUCUUUUGGGAUUUCAAAAAUAACAUUCUUACUGAAAAACAAUGUAAUCUUCAAUGGCAUUCUAGAAAUGUCCUGUUGAACAAGCCUUCCCAGCUAGAAGCUCCGGCUGCUGCUUUAAAGCAAAACUUCUUAUGUAAUCAAAACAUAUUUCUUUUGAUGGAUCUAUUUAAAUGAUAACUUGCAAUCUCCAUCUUACGUUCAAAAUGACGCUGCAACUGUAAUGUGCUGGGCAGCUUUAAUUAAAAGGCUUGAAAUACCUUUCAAUGAAAAAAGCAAAUGCCUAGCAAAAGUGGCAGGAUUCUACGUACAGUAAUUGAGAACAGCAAGCUUGGUUUUAUAAUUCAUUGGAAAUAAACAUCGCGCCCAAUGCAUACAAACAGUCUAAAAAAGGGCCUUGCUUGCCUUUUCCCUUUUCUCCCCUCCAGCAUCUCCUAUUUGCUGUUCAGUGGCCCGCAUCACAGGGCUCAAGGUCAGUCCCGGCUUAAUAGCUUGAGGUUUCUUUACUUCCUAUUUAGCUAACAUUAGCUUCCCUGAUCUGGACGGACGUUUUGUUCUCUGCCCGAGUACAAUUUAAAUAAGAGGGAGAGUUUAUGUUGGCCAAAUUCUAGGGGAAAGAUGCACAUUUAGACAAAUAAAGUACAAAAUCCAUUUGAUUUUUUGAUGCCUCAAAGGCAUCUGAAAGUCAUUGCGCACAUGCAGAUUGUUUGAACGGGGGAAAGGAAAAGCAGGAUCUUAACAAUGAGAUGAACAGUUUCUCUGCAGUAAGGAAAGAUUGUAUACACGUCCCAUUUAUAACAUAGAAGGCAAAUUUAAUGCUCAUUAGGCAGUGUCUCGCUAUAACUAUAAUUUUGCAGAUUCACUCCUCUCCCAGUUUGCUGGUACUUUUGCAGAACAGAGUCAUGUUCGGUUUGGGAACGGGUUGCCAUUGCUUCAGAUAAACCGUUGUUUGUAUAAGAGCCCCUGAGAGAAAGGGGAGAUGACUCGCAUACCUUCCAACAUUUCUCCAAUGAAAAUAGGGACGUUCUAAGGAAAAGCGGGUGGCCCUGUGGGUUAAGCCAGAGAACCUAGGGCUUGCCGAUCAGAUGGUCGGCGGUUCGAAUCCCCGCGACGGGGUGAGCUCCCGUUGUUUGGUCCCUGCUCCUGCCAACCUAGCAGUUCGAAAGCACGUCCAAGUGCAAGUAGAUAAAUAGGUACCACUCCGGCGGGAUGGUAAAUGGUGUUUCUGUGUACUGCUCUGCUUCGGCAGAAGCGGCUUAGUCAUGCUGGCCACAUGACCCGGAAGCUGUACGCCGGCUCCCUCAGCCAAUAAAGCGAGAUGAGCACUGGAACCCCAGAGUCGUCUGUGACUGGACCCUAACGGUCAGGGGUCCCUUUACCUUUACCUUUAAGGAAAAGCAGGACAUUCCGGGAUAAAAUCAGAAACCAGGACAGCUUCUCUAAAUAAGGAACGGCCCUGGAAAAUGGGGACACUUGGAGGGUCUGAACUCAUUCUUCUUUCUUCUUUGGCGAUCACUCAUAGCCGAGUAUGAUUGUCUUCCAUAAACACAGUUUUAUCAGUGAGUCCGUAAGUGACUGUGGAGGCCAAUUCUGGAUCCACACGUCCUUCCACAGUGGGGACGUUGGUUCCCAGGCAGGAGUUGAUCACGGUGAUGGUUUGCCAAGCAUGCCUUCCUCUUAGCACUUUUCUCCCUUGUGUUCUGAGUUCGAGUGUCUUCAAAGUUCAUGACACCUUUGGUAAAGGCUGUUCUCCAAUUGCAGCACUCGCAGGCCAGUGUUUCCCAGUUGUCGGUGUUUAAACUACAUUUUUAAAGAUUUGCCUUGAGACAGUCUUUAAACCUCUUUUGUUGACCACCAGCAUUGCGCUUUCCAUUUUUAAGUUUGGAAUAGAGUAGUUGCUUUGGAAGACGAUCGAUCAUCAGGCAUCCGCACAACAUGACCAGUCCAACGAAGUUGAUGUUGAAGAAUCAUUGCUUCAACACUGGUGAUCUUUGUUUCUUCCAGUACACUGAUAUUAGUUCGCCUGUCUUCCCAAGUGUGCAGAUAUUUAGGAUAUACUCAUAAACAGACACUGAGGCAGGGAUUUGCCCUUGCCUUUCUAAUCAAGCACAUCUUCUCUUCAAAUGCUGUUUACUGAGUAAACAGCAGGAAAUGUGAUCGCCCAAAAGAUUAAAGAGCCAUUAUUGUUGUGUGCUAAAUAGAAUCUAAACAAGCUAAGCAAAAGAGGGAAGAAUGCCACAUAUGUAGAAGGGUGCUUGCAAUGUGUGCAGCAUUUGGGGUGGGAAUCAAUGGCUCAGUCCCUCUUUCCCCUUCCCCCAGGAGUGUUCACGUCUUGCAUUCAAUGAGCGCACAAUCUGAGUACGCAAACAAUCAAGUUGUACACUUGCGCAGGUAUUCACAUGUAACGUUGAACAGCUUCGGCUGGUGGCCCAGCUACGCCCCUAUCUGGACAGCGAAAGCCUAACUACUGUUGUCUAUGCUCUGGUAACCUCAAGGUUAGAUUACUGCAAUGGGUUAUACAUAGGGCUGCCUCUGAAGACGGUUCGGAAACUUCAGCUAGUGCAGAAUUCAGCGGCCAGGUUGCUCACCGGAGCAAAAUGGUUUGAGCAUAUUACACCGAUUCUAGUCUGACUGCACUGGCUACCAAUUGGUUUUCAGGCCCAAUUCAAAGUGCUGGUUUUGACCUAUAAAGUCUUAAAUGGCUCAGGACCACAAUACCUCAAGGACCGCCUCUUCCCAUAUGAACCUACCUGGACCCCGAGAUCAUCAUCUGAGCCCCUUCUUCGUUUUCUCCUCCUCGAGAGGUCUGGAGAGUGGCAACACAAGAACAGGGCCUUCUCUGCAGUGGCUCCCCGUCUGUGGAAUGCUCUCCCCAGGGAAGUUCGCCUGGCGCCUUCACUAUACACCUUUAGGCGCUAGGCAAAAACAUUCCUUUUCAACCAGGCCUUUGCCUGACUUGAUCUGCAUUGUAUACCCUUUUUUAAAGUGCUGGCUCUUUUGGGUUGUUUUUUUUUUAAUUGGGUUGUUGGUUUUGUUUUGAUUUUAUGUAUUUGAUAUUUUAUGUGAACCGCCCUGAGACCUUCAGGUAUAGGGCGGUAUAGAAAUUAAUUAAUUAAAUAAACAAACAAAUAAAUAAAUAGAUAAAAGUGUGCCGUCUGUGUGCCUGUGUACACACUAGCCAAGUUUUAAAAAAUCAACUAAUGUACACUCUUUCGCACAAAUACUUAUGCAUGGGGAGAGGCAGCUUGUACCUGUGUUCAAAAUCUGAAGGGGAACAUUGUCUAAUUCUGAUCUUCAUAGCUCACUUUUUGGUGUGAAUUGCUUGAAGCGGAUAGCUCUGGAGAGCUCAGUUGGUUAGAGCAGGAGUCAACAAACUUUUUCAGCAGGGGGCUGGUCCACUGUCCCUCAGACCUUGUGGGGGGCUGGACUGUAUUUUGAAAAAAAUAAUAAUGAAUGAAUUCCUAUGCCCCACUGAAAUAUACUCGGAGUCGAGAGUGGAUUUCAUGCUCUUUAUUCAGCUCAUAGUGGUGAGCAUAGCUGUCAACUUACAGAUUUGAAAAUAAGGGACCAGCAGCCUUGAAAAUAAGGGACCAGCAGCCAAAAUAAGGGACCUGCAGCCUCACCUGUUCCAGGCACUCCAGUCUUCCUGUCCUCCUGCAGUCUGGUUAAAAUCAUGCUGGUAGCUUCGAGAACACUGUCCAACCAACUUUGUAACCAGAGGUUCAACUGAAUAGAAUCUGAAUCACAUGCACCACAAGGCCUAUGCAGCCUCAACUUAAGAUGGCUCCCCGGCCUGGCUUUGCACUGCAAAGUUUGCAGCAGCACGUGCAACAAAAUGACGUCCAGCAUUCAAAAAACCCCUCAGCUUGCAUUAACUAGCCACACACAAGGCAUGCAAGCUCCACCCCCCAGUCGUUCUUAGACUUCUUAUUGGGUGAGCAACACAGCCAAGCAACACAGUUGGAGCCUCCCUCCUCCCUGGCCGGCAGGGAGGGAGGGAGAGGAGCUGCUUCCUUUGAAAUUUGAGGGACAUCAUUUAAGGGACAUUUAAGGGACAUCCAUCAAUAAGGGACAGCAGCGGGACAUGGCGCGGGAAUAAGGGACUGUCCCUUCAAAUAAGGGACAUUUGACAGCUAUGGUGGUGAGGAGGAAUGGAAGUUCCCCCACAAUAUCUGCUUUAUAUACAUUAUUUACACAAUGGGCUGCACGUGAUUGGCUAAUUCCGGGAUUCUCCUGUAGGCCAAUCAGGUUGUGGAUUCACUUCCACCUGGAGCUGGAUUGGGUGGCUCCUGCGGACCAAUCAUACUGCUGCAUUGUUCUAGGACCAAUCAGACUGCUACAUUCUGAAUCUUAUUGUUCUAGGACCAAUAGGACUGCUGCAUUUUGGAUCCUAUUCAACUCAGUACAUAACACCCACAAAUAACCCACAGGUGCAUUUUAAAUAAAAGCACACAUUUUACUCAUGUAAAAACACCAGGCAGGCCCCACUAAUAACCCAGAGAUGCAUUUUAAAUCAAAGGACAUAUUUUACUCAUGUAAAAACACGCUGAUUCCCGGACCGUCCGCGGGCCGGAUUUAGAAGGCGAUUGGGCCAGAUCCGGCCCCCAGGCCUUAGUUUGCCUACCCAUGGGUUAGAGCAUGGUGCUGAUAACCCCAAGGUUGCGGGUUUUAUCCCCAUAUGGGACAACUGCAUAUUCCUGCAUUGCAGGCGUUUAAACUAAAUGAUCCACAGGGUCCCUUCCAAUUCUACUUGAUUCUACUUCAUUAACAAAGUACUAUGGAUCCUUUGAUUAACUAUAGAUAAAACUGUUUAGUUUCUUUUCAGGGCUGGGGAUGUGUUUUAAUGAUUGGACAGCCUCCAUAGAUACUGUUUUGCUGCCUUAUAACCGAGCCGAUUGCUAUUUUUUUAUAUACCGUAUUUUUCGCUCUAUAAGCCGCACCAGACCACAAGAUGCACCUAGUUUUUGGAGGAGGAAAACAAGGAAAAAAAUAUUCUGAAUCUCAGAAACCAGAACAGCAAGAGGGAUCGCUGCGCAGUGAAAGCAGCAAUCCCUCUUGCUGUUCUGGCUUCUGGAAUAGCUGCGCAGCCUGCAUUCGCUCCUAAGACGCAAACACAUUUCCCCUUACUUUUUAGGAGGGAAAAAGUGAGUCUUAUAGAGCAAAAAAUACGGUAUAUUUCAAAAUGGGAGGGCUAAAAAUGAAAGGCAAUUGAUUUUGCUAUGCCUAGCAAAAUUGGCUGUGACUUCCUUCUGAGUUACUGCCUCUAAGGAGUUCAUUUACAUGAUUUCAGAGAAGUGACAAUAUUGGGAACAGAUGUUUUUGGAAAGAGGGUGAAGAAAAUUCAAAAGCUUGAAAUGUGUCAAGCUUCCUGCCAUAGUGUUGCCCCUCGCAUUUUGACAGUCUCUGUUAAUAGUAAAUGCCAAGAUACGACGGGUUUUUAUUCAGGAUGUAAACGCUGAGUCAUCAUUCUGGGGGGACGCCUCACAAUCAAAUAAAUUAUAUAUAUUUAAAAAUAAAAACUAUAUCUGUCGUUUCCUCCUUUAAAUUUUGCGCAGGCAUAACUCAUAAUGGCAAACAUUAACCAUUUUGUGCGCAGUUUUACUUCACCAUAUCUUCUUCAGCCUGUUCUCUAAUGCUUUUGAGUUAUUCUCUCAUUGCUCUCUCUCUAAACCGUUCCUAAAUUUCCAUAGCAUAUGGCAGUGGAUGAAAAUUUGGGGAACCUAGGAAGAAGAAAGAUUUACGAAAUAGGACUUCUCAUAUUUAUUACAUGGGUUCUGUGGCACACUGGAAGAAAAUUCCAGAAUCUGUAUUUUCACAAUUCUAUAUUCGGCCAAGCAAAAUGUUACAAAAAAGUGUGCAACGUGUCUGAGUUCUCCAUAAUUCUUCAUCAGGUUAGAAGGGAAAGAAAAUGGAGAUGGCUGCAAGGGGGAGCUGGUUGAUGCUGGAAUUGUUAGAAUUCCUGGUCUAUGAUUGCAGUCAUGGGAUUGUUGUCUAUCACAUGACGGUAUAUGUUUUGACUCCACAGAGUGGGAAGUAACGGAGACAGGAUGUUUGUGUUACUGUGUUCUGUGAAGUGGAACUAUUGUCCUUUGUUCUUUUUCUCUUUGCUGUCUGAUGCUAGAGAGAGAGGGAGCCAUGUUGCAGUGCUGCAUGUGUUUAUAUGUAAUAAAGUAGAUUAGCCAAAAUGCUGAGGUCCGUCAUGCAAGGUGCGCAAACUCUGCGGAUCCCUAAGUGUGCUGGUGUCGGUUGGCAUCAGUCGCUGUGAUGUUCAGACUGAAAAAAGCUAAUGAAGCUCUCGAACGAUUGACUAGGACUGAGGGAACAUGCCAGUCGGGCAUGUGUCUCUACCAGGGUCCUACUCGUGUAUAGGCUGAACUCCUGACAGGAAUCAUGAGGGGAGUCUGCUUUUAAUCGCGAUUUUAGGAGGGCUUGUGAGAACCAGUAGCAGACAUAUCCCAUCUUCCCCACCAUUGGUCAUGCUGCCUGGGGCUGAUGGCUGGGUGCUUUACAGAUUCUUAGGUGCACUUAGAACUGCUGGGGUGGAAGGGGAUGCAUAUGGUUUAGGACAGGUGAGAUUCUCUAUUUCUCAUCUUUAGUUCAAUUUUCUACAUUUCUGCAUCAGUUUCUGAUUUCCUUUUAAAAUUCCUCAUGAAAAUUCCUCAACCUUUUAGUAAAAUUUUCUCCUGAUUACACACACAGUUUCCUCUAGGAUACACAUUCUUGCAAGCAGUUUCUCCUAACAGAACAUAUUUUUGUACCAUUUUCACUAAUGCAGGCAUUUAAAUGUACACUUUAGUAUAUCUGUUUUUGUACACAUUGGAUGGUAUUCUACCAAGCUUUACUCCGAGUAGACCCAGUAAAAUCAAUGGACAUGACUACGGUAGAGUCUUUAAUUUCCAUGGAUCUACUCUAAGUAAAACUUAGUUGCACACCGCCCAUCACUUGGCUGAACAACUGCGUCGCAAAAUUCUGUGUGAAUGGCUGUACUGUACAGUGGUGCCUCAGGUUACAUACGCUUCAGGUUACAGACUCCGCUAACCCAGAAAUAGUACCUCGGGUUAAGAACUUUGCUUCAGGAUGAGAACAGAAAUCGUGCUCCGGCGGUGCAGCAGCAGCAGGAGGCCCCAUUAGCUAAAGUGGUGCUUCAGGUUAAGAACAGUUUCAGGUUAAGAACGGACCUCCGGAACGAAUUAAGUACUUAACCUGAGGUACCACGGUAUUUCAAUCCACAUAUUUUUUGGGAAAGUGCAAACUAGAUGAGUUUGCUUUUAAAUGAAAACUGGAUCAUUCCCCCUCCUCCCCCACCAUUCUUGCAUAUUGUGUCCAUUUCUAAAAGCAUAAAAUCUGGCUGUUAUUUCCCAGCUCUGUAGUCUUUCGUAGAUGAAACAUACCUUGUUUUAAGCUUUUUCUUGAAUUGGAAGAAGAGCUAUAUCAGGGGUCAGCAACCUUUUUCAGCCGUGGGCUGGUCCACCGUCUCCCUCAGACCAUGUGGUGGGCCAGACUAUAUUUUGAGGGGGGGGGGAAUGAACAAAUUCCUAUACCCCAUAAAUAACCCAGAGAUGCAUUUUAAAUAAAAGCAAACAUUCUACUCAUGUAAAAACACCAGGCAGGUCGCACAAAUAACCCAGAGAUGCAUUUUAAAUAAAAGCAAACAUUCUACUCAUGUAAAAACACACUGAUUCCUGGACCGUCCGCAGGCCGGAUUUAGAAGGCGAUUGGGCCGCAUCCGGCCCCUGGGCCUUAGGUUGCCUACCCAUGAGCUAUAUGUUGAGUUACCCUGGAACAGGCUGUCCUCUUAAGCAAGCCUCAUGUUUGAUGUUUGUACCUGAUUUUUCUGCUUAGAAAAGAGCAGCAAUAUAUUUCCAUGCCUAUUAUCCUUACAUUUUCUCGCAGCUCCUGUGUAUUUGAAUACAGAGCAUUUUAUGUAUAUUCAAAUAGUUGUAUGGCAAAUGGAAAGCAAGAGAGUGAUUGGAUUGAGAGGCAAAUGAGGAUGAUUUAUUUUAGCUCAGAUACACCCAUUUAAACACCAUUCAUUCCUGUUGCCAGUCUGCUGACUGAAAGAGCAUUGCUCCAGCUCUUAAAAUAUAAAAUGCGAUGUAAACCACUCUGUCUUAAAUCAGUCAAUCCCCCACUACCAUCAUUCAAGCUAGUGUGGUGUAGUGGUUAAGAGCAGUAGUCUCGUAAUCUGGUGAACCGGGUUCGCGUCUCCGCUCCUCCACAUGCAGCUGCUGGGUGACCUUGGGCUAGUCACACUUCUCUGAAGUCUCUCAGCCCCACUCACCUCACAGAGUGUUUGUUGUGGGGGAGUAAGGGAAAGGAGAAUGUUAGCUGCUUUGAGACUCCUUCGGGUAGUGAUAAAGCGAGAUAUCAAAUCCAAACUCCUCCUCUUCUUCUUCAACAACAACAACAACACACACACACACACACACACACACACACACACACUUGCUGUCAUGAUCCAUGCAAGUUAGAAAUCUGAAGAUCGUCUCCCUAGCACAGAAUCCCUAUAGAACAUAUAAAACCAAGUUGCAUGCAUGUAUAAUAUGUAUAAGGAAAUCAGCCCUGAGUGCUCACUGGAAGGACAGAUCAUGAAGCUGAGGCUCCAAUACUUUGGCCACCUCAUGAGAAGAGAAGACUCCCUGGAAAAGACCCUGAUGUUGGGAAAGAUGGAGGGCACAAGGAGAAGGGGACGACAGAGGAUGAGAUGGUUGGACAGUGUUCUCGAUGCUACCAGCAUGAGUUUGACUAAACUGUGGGAGGCAGUGGAAGACAGAAAUGCCUGGCGUGCUCUGGUCCAUGGGGUCACGAAGAGUCGGACACGACUAAACGACUAGACAACAACAACAUAAUAUGUAUAGCAUCUUGCCUUGGUGCUGUAAAUUAAAUUAAACCGUGCCAUAACAUUACAAAAAUCGGACAGUGCAUUUUGUUUGCUUGGCCAGCUCUUUUGCUCUCCUUGGAGCAAGGGUAACUAGAUUGUGCCAUAUUCAGGGUUUUGAAUGUGUGUACACUGAUCCAUUUUUCAGCAUAAUGCCGGCAUACCUCAUAAGCUGCUUAGCUAGUAACAUCACCAGCUUUUCCCCCAGGAGGCUCAGACCUUUUAAACUCCAGCUUCUUCCCAGCUUGGUGGGUCAGCAGUGCUAAUUGUCCAGUUCAGGUCUCCAGCUAGUCUCGCGCCACAGCCAUAAUCACGCCGUGUUAUACAUUGUAUGCCUGCGGCUAUGUUUUUUUGAAUGCAUGUGUUGUGUAUUCUGAGGAGAGAGGAGGAGGGGGAGGCGGGUGGAUAGUUUUGCGGUGUAGAAUCCAGGCAUACUUUUUAAAGGAGUCGCUGAGCAAUCCUGUAUUCUCUGUGCUUCCUUGUUGUUUUUUGAAUCAUACAAAACAUAUAGACCCUCUUGAACCAUGUGUCUACAUUUUGCUGGUUUCUCAUAGUUUUGUGUCAAUUUAAAUGCUAAUUUUCUAUUACAUUCAGUCAUCAGUCAUGAAAGCCAGACAUAUUGUUGGAAUAGGAGUAGAGUAACAUAUGCGGGUGGCGCUGUAGUCUAAACCACUGAGCCUCUUGGGCUUGCCGAUCAGAAGGUCGGUAGUUUGAAUCCCAGUGAUGGGGUGAGUUCGGGUUGCUCUGUCCCAGCUUCUGCCAAUCUAGCAGUUCAAAAGCAUGCCAGUGCAAGUAGAUAAAUAGGUGCCACUGUGGUGGGAAGGUAAACAGCAUUUUUGUGCACUCUGGUUUCUGUCACGGUGUUCCGUGCCGGAAGCAGUUUAGUCAUGCUGGCCACAUGACCCAGAAAGCUGUCUGUGGACAAAUGCCGACUCCCUCAGCCUGAAAGCAAGAUGAGUGCCACAACCCCAUGGUUGCCUUUGACUGGACUUAACCAUCCAGGGGUCUUUUACCUUUUCUUUUUCUUUUCUUUUUUAGAGUAACAUAGUGGCUGGGGCAACCCAGUCAGAUGAGUGGCACAUAAAUAUAUCAUCAUAAUCAUCACCAUUAUCCUUAUAGCUUUCCAAAUAAACAUAUAGAAUUUUUGUGGAUUUGGGUUCUCUCUCUCUCUCUUUCUCUCUCUAAUGUGGCAUUGCCACAUACCCAAAGUGGUAUCUAAAGUGUGUGUGUGGGGAUAACCUGUGUCCAAUCUGGUAGGAUUCCCAUGGAUUCUGGGCAUGAAACCGGUUCUAUCAGUGAUGGGGACCCAGAUGUUGUUAGAACUAUGACCCCAUCUUCCCUUGACCACUGGGAAAGAUGGGUCUUGAGCUGACAGAUGUUGGAGUUCUCAACAGCUUAGCCACAUGCUCCGCAUCCCUAGUCAUGUUGGUCUCUGCUUUUCUUUCAUUUCCCUUGAAAGGACCCUGAAGCCCUAUGGCACUUAUGGCUUCUACCUAGCCACAAUUUGCAGUCACCUAAAACUUAACUUAAAAACUUAACUUAAUAACAGAGACAUCACCUUGACGACAAAGGUCCGUAUAGUUAAAGCUAUGGUUUUCCCAGUAGUGAUGUAUGGAAGUGAGAGCUGGACCAUAAAGAACGCUGAUCGCCGAAGAAUUGAUGCUUUUGAAUUAUGGUGCUGGAGGAGACUCUUGAGAGUCCCAUGGACUGCAAGAAGAUCAAACCUAUCCCUUCAGAAGGAAAUCAGCCCUGAGUGCUCACUGGAAGGACAGAUCCUGAAGCUGAGGCUCCAAUACUUUGGCCACCUCAUGAGAAGAGAAGACUCCCUGGAAAAAACCCUGAUGUUGGGAAAGAUUGAGGGCACAAGGAGAAGGGGACGACAGAGGACAAGAUGGUUGGACAGUGUUCUUGAAGCUACCAGCAUGAGUUUGACCAAGCUGCGGGAGGCAGUGGAAGACAGGAGUGCCUGGCGUGCUCUGGUCCAUGGGGUCACGAAGAGUCGGACACAACUAAACGAUUAAACAAACAAAAAACAAAAACUUAACCUCUGGUGUUAAUACUUGGGGAGAAGUUCAUUCUGUAUGUAUCCUCCCAUUCCCUUAGAGGUAAGACAGAUGGACCAUGGUUUCAUCAUGGCGGCGCCUUCUCCUCUAGCUUUCUCUAACCUGGUUCCCUCCAGAUGUGGCUGGACUACCUCCAAUGAUCAGGGAUGAUGGGAGCUGUAGCCCAGUAACAUCUGGGGGUAACAAGCUUGGGGAAGGCUGAUCUAUGCUAUGGAAUAGGUUUUCUAGCUUGGUUUCUUUGGCACUUGAUUUGCUGAGCUGUCCACUGAGAUCUCUUUUUCUGAUCAGUCUUUACAGGAGAGAGACUGCUGGAACAAUCAGGGACAAACUAUUCCACCUGCCUUGUUCCAUCGCCUUUUUGUCAGGAAAAUGUGAAUAUUAAUAAUUUGAAAUGCUGAGAUUUGAUCCACAUGUAAGCUGCAUUGGGUGUAAAUGUGGAAGAAUAAAUGAGCAAAAUGCAAUAAUUCCUGUACAUUUCCCUUUUAGAUGCCCAUGCUUUCUCUCUCUCUGCAAAUGUAUGCACUAAAGAGGAUAAAAAGCAGCAUUGUUUUCAAAAGGAAAUAUUGCCGGAGGAUUUCAAAGACUGUAAUUAUUUUGGAAUAAUUAGCAUCCGACGGCAAGAAUUAAUUUUUUUGUGCAUUCUGUGGCCACCGUUAAAAAUUAAGAACACUUGCACCCUGAAUUUAUGCAGAAAAUUCGAACGGGUGUGUCUGUCAAUGGUAGACUUGAAUUGGAAUUGGUAACUAAGGUUACAUUCACACCGAAUACUUAAAGCAGAGUCCGUCCCCCCAAAAAAAGAAUUCUGGGAACUGUAGUUUAGUGCUCAUAAAACCACAGAUCCCAGGAUUCUUUGGGGGGAAGCAAUGUGUUUUAAAUGUGUGGUGUGGAUGUAGCCUAAAUAGAGUGCAUUUGUAUGCCCUGCUUGGACAAUGGGGCAAUUGUUAACUCUGAUGGUGUUUUCCUUUGUAUUUGAUAGGUCAUUGCUUGUGAACAACAGUAUGACUACUCCUAUGAUGCUCGCUGCGACGUUUGGUCUCUUGGGAUCACAGCCAUUGAACUGGGUGACGGGGACCCACCUUUAUUUGACAUGCAUCCUGUGAAAACGCUUUUCAAGAUCCCAAGGUAUGGCACUAGGUGGCUCUCUUAGCUUGCUAGAUUGCCAUUCCUCACACAGACAGCAGCAUUUCAACAGGGAAAUGCAACUGUGAAAUUUGGUACACCAUUGCAUCAUAAGUUAACCCUGAUUGAGAAAUGCUACUAUUAAGACCUUUAAAGCCCUAAACGGCCUCGGCCCAGUAUACCUGAAGGAGCGUCUCCACCCCCAUUGUUCUGCCCAGACACUAAGGUCCAGCUCCAAGGGCCUUCUGGUGGUUCCCUCCCUGCGAGGUUACAGGGAACCAGGCAGAGGGCCUUCUCAGUAGUGGCGCCCGCCCUGUGGAACCCUCCCGUCAGAUAUCAAGGAAAUAAACAACUAUCUGACUUUUAGAAGACAUCUCAAGGCAGCCCUGUUUAGGGAAGCUUUUAAGGUUUGAUGAAUUAUUGUAUUUUAAUAUUUUGCUGGAAGCUGCCCAGAGUGGCUGGGGAAACCCAGGCAGAUGGGUGGGGUAUAAAUAAUAAAUUGUUGUUGUUGUUAGAUUCUUGCUUGCCCUGAUCUACAUGCAAGUAGUGCAUUCUCCCAGAAUAAUAACAUGUAAUAUUUCCAUAGGUUUUUUUAAUAUAAAGCUUUCUCUCUAUUUCUCUAUGUAAUAAAAAUGUAAGGUUGUCAUCACACCACUGGAGGAUUUGUAGUGUCAGAUCACAAUCCUGGAUUUGCAGGGCAGGGGAGCAAAAGUGAAGGCAGGGUGUACAACAGCAGUGGCCUGUAGUACGGGAGCAAGAAGGGAGGGACACUGAGCGGGGGAAAGUGGUGAUUUCAAACAACAGUGGGUUUCAAUAAAGCAGGCAUGGAGGAAACUGAGAGGGAAAUGGUGCUUUGGGCAGAUGUUUGAGUAGAGGGAGUUGGGAGUAGUUGUGUUUCAGUGUGUCUCCCUUCUUACUGCACUAAAACGUUCCCCCCUUCCAUUUCGCAGCAGCCUCUUGUGAGAAAGGUAAAGAUCACGGAAUCCUCAAAUAUUCCAUGGUACCUUCCUACAAUCAUGCAUUUCACUCCUGGUACCGAGUGUUGUUUUCAAUAUGAAGUUCCAGAUUCAGUGUGGCAAUUUAGAAUAGAUACUUGAUUAACAAGUAAGGUAAAGGUAAAGGGGCCCCUGACCAUUAGGUCCAGUCAUGACCGACUCUGGGGUUGCGGCGCUCAUCUCGCUUUACUGGCCGAGGGAGCCGGCGUACAGCUUCCGGGUCAUGUGGCCAGCAUGACUAAGCCGCUUCUGGCGGACCAGAGCAGCGCACGGAAACUCCGUUUGCCUUCCCGCCGGAGCGGUACCUAUUUAUCUACUUGCACUUUGACAUGCUUUCAACUGCUAGGUUGGCAGGAGCAGGGGCCGAGCAACAGGAGCUCACCCCAUCGCGGGGAUUCGAACCGCCAACCUUCUGAUCGGCAAGCCCUAGGCUCUGUGGUUUAACCCACAGCGCCCCCCAUAUAUGUACAACAUUGAUGGGCUGAGCUGAACCUUCUCUGACUGAACAGGGUAUCUGACAGGCUGGCUCUUAGCAUCCCAUUCAUCUUAAAGAGACAGUAGUGUAUAUCAUCCUGGAGUGUUUGCACUAAGGGGGCAUCGGAGAGAGGACACAUGGAAGUGGCUUUAGAAACAGGAAUGGGACAAUCAAGCUUAGUAGUUGCAAGGGGAAGCCCUAGGAGGUCAAUGUGGGGGGAAUGGCAGUGGGAUUGGUGAGCAGAGUGAACAGGCGCACAGCCCCUAGUAACGAAUACAGAGCAUGCCAUAGAAUGUUUAAGAUGAGCUCAUACUGGAUAUACCAUUUGUUUCCAAAGAAGUAAAGGCCGUUACUGAAAAUAUACAGCACAUUACAAGGUUAUUUUGAUGGGGGAAAGGUCUUGUGUUAUUAUGCAGCAAAGGCAAUUUUGAAACUGUUAUGUGUGCCAGAUCAGUUGCACCCUUCUCUUACUGCUUAUUUACACAUGAAAAAUACGAAACGCUUUCUUGCCAUUCCUGAAUAUAAACAAGCAUUUGAUUUCACAUGUUGUUAGGCGGUUGUCUUGUUUUCACCUGGCCGAGGGACCCGGGAUUAUAAAGCCCAUUAAGGAAUAUGAAUGAAAGAUGGGGACAGUUGUAACAAAAGCAGGAUGGCAUCUCUUAAGCAUUUGCCCCAGGUUGAUUGCCAGCUGGUAUAUGCCGGCUUCUUCCAUAUUCCAUUGUGCAAAGGGAACGAUAGUUACUUGCUACUAGCAAUUUGAAAGCUUAGGCAAUGAAAAUAUUUGACCUUUUAUUAUCUGUACAAUCGCACAAUUACCAUGGGGCAUUAAAAAAAAAAAAAAGACUUCUCCUGAUUGCUAUUUGCAUUUCUGAUUAGGUCUAUUUAUAUGCAGAUGAGGCUCUCCAACAUUCUGCAUCGUAUUAUCUCUGUUGCACAACCCAGACUGCCGUCCCCCCUUCAAAAAUUAUUCAAACUUAAGCAGCAAUUCAUCUCUCUCUCUUUUCUCUCCCUCUCUCUUUUGCCCUUUGCACUUGUGUAAAACAGGCUGUAGCAAUUAAAGCGGUGAGGGAAGCUUCAAAUUUCUAAACUAAUACCCAUAAAUUUUUAUCAGAUAGAGGCUGUAAACAGCUUUAAAGAACAACAGUCAUGAUGAAGUACUGUAAAAUAUCAGCAGGUGAUAGGAAGAAAUAUAGAACAGGUCAUGGGAAUGGUUGUCUUUCAGUCUAUGAUUUAUCUCUUUCUUCCCCCAAAACUGCAUAUAAAUCUGCAUGACGAAAUAAUAUAUUCUGGUAUUAUUUCCAUAGGACAAAAUACUGAAUUUAUUAAGUAAGCUCCUAACCAUCCUAUUUUUUUAUUCUUCACCAAAUCUUUGUAAUGUCUGAAGCUCAAUCCUAGCUAGGAAUAAAUACUGCUUAUAGGAUGUUAAGUGAUGAUAGGGACACGGGUGGUGCUGUGGUCUAAACCACUGAGCCUCUUGGACUUGCUGAUCAGAAGGUCAGCGGUUCGAAUCCCUGUGACGGGGUGAGCUCCCGUUGUUCUGUCCCAGCUCCUGCCAACCUAGCAGUUCGAAAGCAUGCCGGUGCAAGUAGAUAAAUAGGUACCGCUGUGGCGGGAAGGUAAACAGUGUUUCCGUGCGCUCUGGUUUCUAUCACAGUGUCCUGUUGCACCAGAAGUGGUUUAGUCAUGCUGGCCGCAUGACCCAGAAAGCUGUCUGUGGACAAAUGCUGGCUCCCUCAGCCUGAAAGCAAGAUGAGCGCCAUAACCCCAUAGUCGCCUUUGACUGGACCUAACCAUCCAGGGGUCCUUUACCUUUACCAUAAGUAAUGAAGGGCCAUUUAGAAAUGCAGUAAAUAACUAUCAGUAGCAUCAUAAUAAAGAGCAUCCAUGAAAAGAAAUGAUAACUCCAGGACAUGGCUCAGGCACGUUGACUAUGCAUUAAUUGUGAAAAGACCACAUUUCCACAAUGUUCUUUGGCGAGACUUAUGGUUAAAAUUAAAAACACUAAAUACAAACAUUAUUCCUCCCCCCCCCCCCCAGGUUUUCCAAAGAUUGCUGGCUUCAAGGUAGGCUCCUCUAGUAGCCAGAGGCAUUGCAGUUUCCAGAACAGAUGCCUCUACCCUGAGAAAAAUAACUGUCUCCCUUGUCUAGCCAGAUAUCCCCCAAUCUCUGCAAAGCAUUAUCAGGCUGGUUCUGUAAGAAGGGCAGGCAAAAAGUUGGAGAAUGAAGCAACAACAUCAGUGCCUUCACCUGCUGCCGCCAGUGGAUUAUUAGGAAAUUGUAGGUGAAGGUGUUGGCAGUUGCCUAGCAACCUUCAGAUGCCAUAUUUUCAUCCACCAGUACAAUAGUCUAUAUAUGUCUCCAAGUAAAACACGCAGAGUAUAUUCUUCCUUUGUAGCUCCUUGCCCACUAUAUUAGGGAAGAGGGAAAGGGUGUUACGAUGAGAAAAUGUUAAUGUAGCCCCCACUCCCUCACAAUAUCCUGACUCUGACUCCAGGAACGUUAAGUUGCUCAGAGAAUAUCUACUGCCCUCAAAAGGAUACAAGUGGGAUAUUGAACUGGGGCAGCUUCCUGAAGCUUCCAUGCAGCUGGCUAUCUUGGGGGACUUCAGGAGGGAAGGAAUUUGGUCUCCCUCUGCUGACUAGUCUUUCUUUCCUGAUUUCACUGAUAGCUCCCACUUGGAACAUGCUGGGCCUCCAUUCUCCUUUCUUCUUCUUCUUUGGCGAUCACUCGUAACCAAGUAAGAUUCCAAACCAGCUGUUGGCGCCAUGCCUCCAGAUCUUUGGACUUCAGUUGUUGUAGCGUCUGAACCCCUUCACACAUUUAAACAAAACACCUUCACGCUAUUUAAACAGAAGUCUUCUGGGAUACUUAUUUCCAGCUCAUCAAUUUAUUUCAAAAACAAAUGCUUUGGGAAUGGUUUUUUUCUUUGAUUGAAAAUACACACAACAUACCCCAAUGGUCGUCUUCUUCUUUGGCGGUCACUCGUAGCCGAGUAAGAUUGUCUUCCAUGAACACGGUUUUAACAGUAAGUGACUGUGGAGGCCAAUUCUGGAUCCACACGUCCUUCCACAAUGGGGACAUAGGUUUCAGGGCAGGAGUUGAUCAUGGUGUGGAUUUGCCAAACGUGCCUUCCUGUUAGCUUGUUUCUCCCUUUCGUCCUGAGUUCGAGUGUCUCCAAAGCCCAUGACUCCUUUGGUAAAGGUUGUUCUCCAUUAUAGCCUGGCUGACCAGAGAGACCAUUAUUAUUAUUAUUAUUAUUAUUAUUAUUUAUUAUUAUUAUUAUUAUUAUUAUUAUUAUUAUUAGCAUGAGCAUAAACAUUUCUUUGUGAUUUCUGUCCAGGCCUUUUGCUCACAAAUUUCUUUGAUUGGGAGUAGACCUAGGGUUCAACUUUGUGUCCCCCUCCAUAUAACUUCUCCUGUUCCCUUAGAAUGGUUCCUCCCCCCCCCCCCAACAAAAUACCGCCACCUCUUCAUUUCUUAAAAGUGCUAAUUGUUUUGCUCAAAUAUAUUUACAUAGAAAUGAGGCUAGUUCUGAAAUCUGCAGCUGAAGAGGCUGCAUGAAUGACAGUAACAUAGUAUAGAGUUGGGCAUCAUUUUGUCUGGAAAUAGAGGGAGGCAGCUGAGUUCAGAAUCAGGACAGGCAACAAUAUGAAGUAUUGAUUUGCUGUACCUGAUUCAUUUUUGCGAAGCAUUCUCUUUUCCUAUUAUUUUGACUUCAUUAAUUCUGUACGGUCGUUUUAGCUGACUGGACUGAUCUGCCUUCUAAUUGAGGGGCUGUAAAUGCCAAUCACAAGCCAAGGGACUGAGCACCAUGGUUUUCAGCAACCUAAAAAUUAUUUCACCUCUAUCGCCUUACGGUAGUAGCUGUUGCUGAUUUAUAUUUUGCACACUUCUAGCAAUUUCUGGAGGAUAUGAUCUUAGCCAGGUGAAAAUAGGGACAGUCCUGGCCGUGAGUACUUACUUUAAGGCUGUUCAGGAUGAAAUCUAGUGUGGCCCAAGGGUAAAGCUUGGGGGAUUUAUAGGGAAUGAGGGUGGGGGAAUGCAGGAGUCCAAGGUUUGUAUAGGCUUAUUCCCAUCAUGAUAAACCACAGGCUUGAGCGUAGGCCUGGAUCAAUGUUAGUGGGCACAGCACUCUGCAUACUUUGGAGCUACGCAGAGUUCUUCGUGACAUGACACAGAUCUAAUGAACAGUUCUGUGUAAAUGGAAACUGCAUAAACUGCUGCACCUCCAAAAAUUGACCCACGACUAAUCAUAUCAUCAGUAUGUUUACAUAUGGCAGGGAGAAAUUCCUUAUAUUCCUAAGUAAGAAAAUUGCAAUGUGCUCAGUAGGAGAGAGAGAAAGCCUUAUCAGUAGACAGAGCAUUGGUUUCAUACUACAGAUAGCUUAUGUCCUGCCCAAUGCUCUGUUUGGGUGAAACACACUGUCAGGCAUGGUGCUCCCAUUCCAAUAAUCACCAUAAUAUGUAGAAAAUAGUAAGGAACUGGAACUGUGCAUCCCACAGUAAGCUUUAAAAGGUAAAGGGACCCCUAAAAAGGUAAAGGGACCUUUAGGUCCAGUCGUGACCGACUCUGGGGUUUUGGCACGCAUCUCGCUUUAUUGGCUGAGGGUGGCCAGCAUGACUAAGCUGCUUCUGGCAAACCAGAACAGCACACGGAAAUGCUGUUUCCCUUCCCGCCGGAGCGGUACCUAUUUAUCUACUUGCACUUAAUGCUUUCGAACUGCUAGGCUGGCAGGAGCAGGGACUGAGCAACGGGAGCUCACCCCGUCGCGGGGAUUCGAACCGCCGACCUUCUGAUCGGCAAGUCCUAGGCUCUGUGGUUUAACCCACAGCGCCACCCAUGUCCCUUACAGUAAGCUUUGGGUCAUUGCAAAUGUUAUAUUCACACCUUCCAAUAUGUGUCCUCCAGAAGAUGGCAUUGAAUCCCAUUCAGCCAAAAGAGACGCAAAUUGUUCUGCCCCGCUGCAUUUGUGUGUAAUGCAACAGAUGUAAAAAUCACACCAGAUGAACAAAAAAAAAAAUUUACAUAAUUACCCAAACCAGCGAUCAGUGGGCUCCAGCUUUAGUUACCUUACACAUGUGCAGUGUCAAUAGCACGUACACAAACCCAGAUGUUUCUUUAAAAUCUGGACAGCUGAAGGGUUGGGAUUUUCCUGUCAAGAUGGAGGUUUUUGCUCAUGCUUGUAGAGGGAAGUGAGGGGCAGAUGGGUCUCAUCCACCUGGGAGGGUAGCCUAUCUAGGAGAAGAAAAACUCUGAUCCUAAACUUCUGCUGCCUCUUCGGGAGAAGAAAAGGCUAUGGAGUGAACCCUACACAAAUCUAGAGCAGAAUCCCUAAGAUGGUUGGAUGGUGAUUUGUAUGCCUCCAUGUUUUGCUUUUCGUUUCUCUGGAUCACAUCAGCAAGGCCAAGAUGGGGGUCUGGUCAUCUGGGCCACCCAGGACCUUCAUACACAUUGCCCAGGAUUGCACCUUGGGGAGGUCACUUUGGUGCGGCUAACACAGCAGUUUGACUUCACGCCCAGAAGUGCACUCAUUUGUCUCUUGAGACAGACAGAUGCCAGCUACUCAGAAUAUCAUUGGCUGCCCCAUGUAAACUGAGGUCCAGCUCAGAGGGCCUUCUGGUGGUUCCCUCCCUGUGACAAGUGAGGUUAUAGGGAACCAGGCAGAGGGCCUUCUUGGUAGUGGCGCCCGCCCAUCAGAUGUCAAGGAAAUAAACAACUAUCUGACUUUUAGAAGACAUCUGAAAGCAGCCCUCUUUAGGGGUGUUUUUUUUAAUGUUUGAUGUUUUAUUGUGCUUUUAAUUCUGUUGGAAGCCAUCCAGAGUGGCUGGGGUAUAAAUAAUAAAUAAUAAAUUAUUAUUAUUAUUAUUAUCACUUCACUUGGCUCAAAUUUUGGAACUCCCUAUUGGCAUCAGGCAGGUGCCAAUGACCCCACAAACAUCCUCUCUGCCUAUCAGUGCCUGUUUGUUUUCAAGCAUGCUUUAUUUUCUUUACAGUUCUUUUUCAUUCUUACUCAGGCCACGGGUAGAUUCCCGUUUUAAUGUUUGAUCUUUUACUGUGUUUUUAAUGUUCUGUUGGGAGCUGCCCAGAGUGGCUGGGGAAACCCAGCCAGAUGGGCGGGGUAUAAAUAAAUUCUUAUUCUUAUUCUUGGAGGGAAAGCUGUGGCUGUUCUGUUGCCUGUGCUCCUUUCAGCAACUAUGUUGCAGAUCCCCCCAUCCAUGCCUAGGUCAACCUGAUGACCUCCAGAUGUUGUGGUGCUGCAACUUCCACCAACCCCAGCCAGCCAGCAUGCACCAACAUCUGGAGAGCCCCAGGUUGGCAAAGGCUGUUCUAAUAAAUCAAAGAUGGCAGUAGCACCAAACAGAAGGCAGAGGUCUUAAGCUCAGCAUCAGUUCUGUAGCAUCAGUUUCAAGCAGAGUACAAGGUCUUGAUGGUUUUUAUGGCAACUAUGCAUCUUUGUGGCUGUAUCGAUUUUAAAAUGUGAUUUGGUACUCUGAGCAACUAAUCCUUUCUUCUGACCAAAGACUAGUUCACUUUUUCCUUCCACUCAUUGUCAGAAACAAUUAAGUUUUAUUCAUAGCACCAAUACAUCUAAUUAUGAAGCUGUUGUACAUUAGACACUCUAUGCCUUUUCUACUACAACAUAAGGUAAAGGUAAAGGGACCCCCUGACCAUUAGGUCCAGUCGUGGCCGACUCUGGGGUUGCGGUGCUCAUCUUGCUUUACUGGCCAAGGGAGCUGACGUUUGUCUGCAGACAGCUUCCGGGUCAUGUGGCCAACAUGACUAAGCCGCUUCUGGCGAACCAGAGCAGCACACGAAAACGCCAUUUACCUUCCCGCCGGAAUGGUACCUAUUUAUCUACUUGCACUUUGAGGUGCUUUCGAACUGCUAGGUUGGCAGGAGCUGGGACUGAGCAACGGGAGCUCACCCCGUCGUGGGGAUUUGAACCGCCGACCUUCUGAUCGGCAAGUCCUAGGCUCUGUGGUUUAACCCACAGCGCCACCCGCGACUGCAACAUAAUGUUGCUUUUAUUCAUUCCAUCACUUUUGUAUACCUCAGUCAUUAACCCUUUCCCUAAAAAUUUCACAAGCAUAUCCCAGCUGAAAAAUAUAUUCAUCUCCCUGAUGUAAUGCUUUGCACAAGAUAAACACUGAAGAAUUUAUUAACCCUAUUUUUCUUUUAAAUGGUCAGUUCAGCAUUAGAUAAUUAUUUGCUUAUAUGUGCAAGCAUACAUUGAGAGGUGUUUAUAUGUGCAGGCAUACACACAGAGAUGGAUGAGGUUAAAAAUAUCAAAUCCCCAAUUGUCAAAUUUGCAAGAUCUGACCACCUUCAUAAUUUAGACCCUUCUAUUGAAGAUUUGAAAAUAUAUUCUAGACAGAUGACAUGUUAACAGAAUCAUUUCAUGGUUGAGUGUCUUCACAGUAUGAUUUAUCUUUACCUUUAGGCAAGGGAGGUCCCUGUUUGGGAGAUUUAUGAGCUAGGCCCCAAAAUCUAUUUUGAUGACAUGGAAUGUGUGUGUUUAUUGGGGGAGGGGGGAAGAGAAAAAUCAAACCUUAGCAUUUGCUUUAAAUACUAGGUUUCCUUCUCACGAUCAGUUACGCAAGCCAGCCUUGUUCAUGUAACUUCUGCCCUUCUUUUUGAUGAAUAUAAUUAAAAGGAUUGCGCUCUGGUUGCGCUCUGGUUGUUGUGUAUGGACUUGACAGAACAAGCAUUGUAGGUCUCAGACCAACUUUGUAUGGAGACCAAACAAAAUUGAAUUAGUGCAUGAACAAAUAGAAUAAAGAAUGCAGACAUCUCCUUUUUUGUGCGCAGCAGAGCCCAGAGCAUUGCCUGCUUUCUGGGUUUGCUGCUAAAUAAGCUUUAAGUGCACUGGGGAAGUCAACUGGUUAAUCUUGUCAACAAAUUGCCCAGACUUGGAGAGUGCUGUGGGUUUAGCAACAGUGAGAUUGGUUCUCUUGGGUCACGUGACUUCCAGCUUCAUGACAAUUCUAGUUUAUGCUGUCUGGUCUGUGUUCUGCCUUGAACUCUCUGGACUUCUUUUCUCUGGUUAGCAAGCCCAGUGGCAUGUCAAAUAAGGGAGAGGUGCAUCUGCAGAACACCCAGUUCAAGCCCCAUGGGGAAAAACAGCGUCCCUACAGUGCAUUCCAACCCUGAGUGAAUUCAGUGUGUGUGGAGUUUGAGAGUGGCAGGGCUCACCUCCUGAUACUUGCCUUUGACAAUCUUAACUAGGUAGAUGGAUCUAUUUGCAAUCAUGAAUUUUGCAAUGUGUUUAGAGAUACCGUGGUACCUUGGGUUAAGAACUUAAUUCGUUCUGGAGGUCCGUUCUUAACCUGAUACUGUUCUUAACCUGAGGUACCACUUUAGCUGAUGGGGCCUCCCGCUGCCGCUGCACGAUUUCUGUUCUCAUCCUGAAGCAAAGUUCUUAACCCAAGGUACUAUUUCUGGGUUAGUGGAGUCUGUAACCUGAAGUGUCUGUAACCUGAAGUGUCUAACCCAAGGUACCACUGUAAAGGUUUGGCAUGGGGGAGAGAGAUUGGAUGUGGAAUCUGAGAUCUUUCCUAGCCUUAAAACCCCGGCAGAAGAAUUCUUGUGCCCAUAAUGCUAGCCACGUAUUAGAGAUAAGCGUGAGGAGAAAUCUGAAUUCAUAUUUCCAAAUUGGGCUAUGCACAUUUCAGCUGUCCGGGCUGGGGCUGGUGCCGAGAGGCUGAUCUGGGCGGUUACUGGGGUCAGCAGUAGGCUCAGUCCACACCCCAGCCCCUCCUCUCCCCGCCUGGAAGCCAGUAGGUGGUGGCCAAGUCCCCUUUGUGGCAGGGGGCUCGUGGGAUGCCGGGUGCAAGCCAAGGCCGCCUGAGGGGAGAAGAGAAGGAAGGGCACCCCAGGAGAGAGGGAGACAUGUGGGUGAUUAGACACCCUAGCUGUACUUUCACACAGUGGUGGCAAAGAAGGAGGCUGGGGUGGCUUGGCAUGGUCAAUCGAGGGGGGUGGAAUAUUUUUUGGGUGCCAAUGGGGUCUGAGCCCCUUAGAGUUGGUGCCUGUGAUGCCUAGAAUAAACUCUUUUCACAAUUUUGUUCCACCCAGCAAUGUUUAUUUAUUUAUUUACCAGCUCAAAGCGUAUUUUUGUAUCCAAUGUUUGCUUCUAAACAUCCUUUUUUUAGCAAAUAUAUUCUUUUCUGCUGAAUUGUGUAAAGCAAAGUCAGAAAGCGACUCGACGAUGAUAUAAGUAAAAAGGUAAAGGACCCCUGACAGUUACAAAUCCAGUCGCAGGGUUGCGGCGCUCAUCUCGCUUUACUGGCCGAGGGAGCUGACGUUUGUCCGCAGAAAGUUUUUCCCAGUCAUGACUAAGCCACUUCUGGCGAAACCAGAGCAGUGCACGGAAACGCCACUUACCUUCCUGCCUAUUUAUCUACUUGCACUUUGACGUGCUUUCGAACUGCUAGGUUGGCAGGAACUGGGACCGAGCAACGGGAGCUCACCCCGUCGCAGGGAUUCGAACCGCCGACCUUCUGAUCGGCAAGCCCAAGAGGCUCAGUGGUUUAGACCACAGCUUAAGUAGCUUUUAGCAUUGCAGAUGGAACUUUUAUUCAGUGGAGUGGGUAAAGGCUGCCUUGUUUCUUAUCUGUGAUAUCGUUGUUAUCGUUGUUAGUGCUGCUUCCCUAAAGUAUUUAAAAGGCAGCUGAGGGAUCGCCUGCACAUGUAUGUUUUCCCCGAAAUAAAUGCAACUCUCCAGGGAAGGGCAAUCGGUGGCCCUCAAAAUAUUCCAGGAUUCCCCGUGCCCAUCAGGCCCAACAAGGAUGGCCGAUAUUAAGGGAGUUUCCUCACCCCUGAACUAUAAAAGGUAAAGGGACCCUUGACCAUUCGGUCCAGUUGUGGCCGACUCUGGGGUUGCGGUGCUCAUCUCACUUUAUUGGCCGAGGGAGCCACCGUACAGAUUCCGGGUCAUGUGGCCAGCAUGACUAAGCCACUUCUGGCGAACCAGAGCAGCGCACAGAAAUGCCGUUUACCUCCCCGCCGGAGCGGUACCUACUUGCACUUUGACGUGCUUUCAAACUGCUAGGUUGGCAGGAGCUGGGACCGAGCAACAGGAGCUCACCCUGUCGCGGGGAUUCGAACCGCCGAUCUUCGGAUCGGCAAGUCCUAGGCUCUGUGGUAUUGAUGGAGAUAUAGUGCAGAAUUCACCGAUUUACACCUUUAUCCAUUGGGAAAGGUGGGCAACUGCCCUCUGGGCUUGCUGUAUGAAUCUAUAUGUAGCUAUUCUCCUGCCUUGUAGACUCUCACACCCUGUUUGGGACACCCAGUUCCUACAUAAAUUACCACUCUUCAGAAGCUGUUACAUAAAUGAGCACAAGCUGCUAGGAUACAGUAACUGCAAUUUUGUUUUGCUCUGGUGGAACACUCCGUGCUGACAAGGUCAGGCUCUUGCAGUCUGAGUGCAGCCAAGUGAUGAAGGACACAGCCAACCACCUAAGAGGUGGAGGCUGGACAGCCACUAAUUAUUCCCCGCCGAGCUAGCCUGCCUAUGCAUUUGUGACCCUGUUAGAUUUACAGACCAUGCCGCUAGGGGGCAGGAGAUAUCCCUCUAGUCUGGGGACAUUUUUGCAGCAACAGAAGGGGGGAGGGGAGAGAGAAUUCGCUUCACCCAUGGGAAUCAACGACUCCAUCAGGUACGUGAGUCAGUGUGGUGUAGUGGUUAAGAGCGGUAGACUCGUAAUCUGGGGAACCGGGUUCGCUUCCCUGCUCCUCCACAUGCAGCUGCUGGGUGACCUUGGGCCAGUCACACUUCUCUGAAGUCUCUCAGCCCCACUCACCUCACAGAGUGUUUGUUGUGGGGGAGGAAGGGAAAGGAGAAUGUUAGCCGCUUUGAGACUCCUUCGGGUAGUAAUAAAGCGGGAUAUCAAAUCCAAACUCUUCUUCUUCUUCUUCUUCUACAUGGGAAAGGAAGGAAUUACAAAAACAAUUAAUUCGAGUUAGCUUGCCCAGCAGUAGCAUGUUGCAUUCUGGAGCUGAAGAUGUAAAAUUGGGGAGCAGCUAACUCAUUUACAUCCUCACUCAGCGGCACAGUUCCAUUUCAGACACAGGCUGAAGAACCUGUAGCGAUGGUGGUAAAAGCAUUUCUUUACCCUCGCGUAAGAUAUUAGUGCACCCUAGAGCUUUUCUGAACCCCAUAAAUUACCACGAAGCAGCUGCAGUCAGUAGAAGGAGAAUAGCCAGGCUGCCAAAAUGCUAACCUUCUGACCUCCUGAAAUUCCCAACCAGGUUCCAUUUAAUGGGGAAAAAACCCAAUGUGAGCUGAUGCCUUCCUUUCAGCAGGGCUCUUCCUGGGUCCCAAGUCGAUAUCUAAGGCUGAAUGCUUUUAAGUGAAAGUUUUAUUAUGGCAUAAAGCAUGGGUAGGCAAACUAAGGGCCGGGGGCCGGAUCCGGCCCAAUCGCCUUCUCAAUCCGGCCCACGUGUUUUUACAUGAGUAGAAUGUGUGCUUUUAUUUAACAUGCAUCUCUGGAUGAUUUGUGGGGCAUAGGAAUUCGUUCAUUUUUAUUUUCAAAAUAUAGUCCGGCCCGCCACAAGGUCUGAGGGACAGUGGACCAGCCCCUGCUGAAAAAGUUUGCUGAUCCCUGGCAUAAUGAACUUCAUGGACUAACCCUCCCCCCCCCCCACUUUUAUAUAUGCCAUAUUUUGCUUUCAUCAAUGAAAGCAGUUUCCUUAGCUGUUAGCUUGUAUUAUACUUUUGUAAACAUAUAAAAAACAAAGCUGCUUAUGAAAACAGAUUCUUAGGACUCUGUGAUGGUGAUUUUCUCUUUCUGCAGGGUAGGAGACAGAAUGGGGUAAUCUGGGAAUCAAAUUGCUCUAUAGAAUUUAGGAAGCCCUGCUUUCAAUUUAUAAAUCCCCAUCAUUACCAAAGAUGGUUGAGAGGCUAUGAAUGCCUUAUUAGCUAAGGCCUAGAUAGAUUACCUCCUCUUCUAAACAAUUUGCCCGAGCAAAAGAGGGGAAAGGCUUCCAAGUACAGAGGAGAAAUGGAAUGAAACAUCACAAUUAAUUGAGGUACUUUGUAGCCUUGGAAACAGUAAGAGAGUGGUGACAUCAGCAACAAUUAUGUGUAAUUUUUAGCUUUAGUUUAUCACCAAGGUAACCAGAGCCAGUUUUUCCGCUUGCAGUGCUGGAGAAUGUGUUGGAAUAGGGAGAGGGUUAUAAACAAGGGGUCAGCAACCUUUUUCAGCCGUGGGCCGGUCCACCAUCUCCCUUCAGACCAUGUGGUGGGUCAGACUAUAUUAUUUUUUUGGGGGGGGGAAUUGAAUGAAUUCCUAUGUCCCACAAAUAACCCAGAGAUGCAUUUUAAAUAAAAGCACACAUUCUACUCAUGUAAAAACACCAGGCAGCCCCCACAAAUAACCCAGAGAUGCAUUUUAAAUAAAAGGACACAUUCUACUCAUGUAAAAACACGCUGAUUCCCGGACCGUCCGUGGGCCAGAUUGAGAAGGCGAUUGGGCCGCAUCCGGCCCCUGGGCCUUAGGUUGCCUACCCCUGUUAUAAACCAUAUGGCUAAAGAGACUGCUAAAACAGGUCCAUUGAUUGGUCCAUUGAUUGGAUUGCUCAGUACAGUGACUUGGCCGCCAAUGCGAGUGCAAUGACUCUCCUUCAAAAGGCAUUGCAUGUGAAGGGAUAUCAGGUUGUUUUUAAUGCACGUGGCAUUUGAUCUGGGAUGUUUCAUUCAAACAGGCAAGUCCCUACUUGGUUUUGUGGCAACGAAUAGAAAUCCUGUAGCUUUCAGGUCCAAUGUGUCCAAGCUUGCGUAUUUGCUACAUGGGUGCUAAAAGACACACAUGGCCACUUGGCCACCUGGCCACCUUCAGGCUCAUCCUGAUGUUAUUGCAGAGGUGCGGGGAGCCCACUGCAGUACACCUGCUUCCUGCAUAAUUCCAGCAAAUUGGAAGCCACAGCUCACAAGGGAGGAGUGUGCAAUGUGGAUCGUUCCCAUGGCAUCACACCAUUGUACUGUGCCUUCCCAGCUUAUGUAUGUUCCAUACAUCAUAUUCCACUGGAUAGCUCAGUCGGUUGGAACAUGGUGCUGAUAAUACAAAGGUCAUAGGUUUGAUCCCCAUGUGGACAGCUGCAUUGCAUUGGGUUGGACUAGAGCAGCGGUUCUCAACCUGUGGGUCCCCAGAUGUUGUUGGACUACAACUCCCAUCAUCCCCGAGCUCUGGCCUUGCUAGCUAGGGGUGAUGGGAGUUGUGGUUCAAAAACAUCUGGGGACCCACAGGUUGAGAAAGGCUGGACUAGAGGAUCCUCUGGGUCCUUUCCAACUCUACGAUUUUAUGCUGUCUCAGAUGUGUUGAUCCUAUGCAUGGCUUGCCGAGACCAUAUAACACCGGUCCUGAAAGACCUACAUUGGCUCCCAGUAUGUUUCCGAGCACAAUUCAAGGUGUUGGUGCUGACCUUUAAAGUCCUAAAUGGCCUUGGCCAAGUAUAGCUGAAGGAGCGUCUCCACCCCCAUUGUUCUGCCUGGACACUGAGGUCCAGCGCUGAGGACCUUCUGGCAGUUCCCUCUAUCAAGAAUAAUUUUUUAUUAACCGACCAAUCACAUAAAAUCAAACCAAAUUACAUAAAUUCCAAAUUACACUGCCGAAUUUUAAAUUUUUGUUGAGGGUACCCAUAUUUCAAGUUCCGAAGGGGAUCCAAUCAACUUCUUGCUUCUUGCUGCUGUUUUAAUGUCCACAAAUCUAACCUUAUGAUGUUCACAGUACUAUCCAGUCCUUUCUUAUUGUUUUUCCACAUCUCUUGUUGUUAUUUUCAUAUAUUUUUCCUUUCUCUUUGUGACCUCUGAUAGUCUCCACAAGCUGGUUAGAACAGUUUGUAAUCCUGCGUGGAUAUAUAUUUUUUAAUCCAGUAGCCAUAUCCAGACGUUUUCCAUAUAACAUCACUUCCAUACAUCAAAACAGUCUUAGCGUCAUUAAUCUUCACCAAUCUGCCUCCUUUCUCAAAACCUCUGAGGAGAUUCACCAGGAAUGCAGUCUGACAAGUCCGUUCCUCCUCCUGGCUAUAAAUCCUUUGGCAAGAUAGCGACUCCGAAUUAAUUGCUGCGCCAUUCCAAAAGCUCUUAUUGCUUCUCAAUCUCCAUAAAGCAUACUUUUGGUUAAAGUUUAUCUCCACACAGACCUUAAUCAUCCUGCUUGGGUCAGUUCAACCGACGAUUCUAAUGAGGAGGGGUUCUUGUAAAUCACAUAGAAGGAAAGUAAAAAAGGUUCCCCCCCACCAUUCAGUCCCGUUGUCAACAUACCCAGCCUUUGGUGUAUCUUCAUCGUAAAAUAUUCCUGUUUCUCCAUCCCGUCGUCUUCUUUCGCAGAGGUCACUUAAAUUAGCAGACUUCACUCCCCUUCUUCACUUGAAAUAUGUGCAUUUGCUUCUUUUGUAAUUAAUUAUUCCAAAUUGCUGCAGCUAGUGCGCGAUCAGAGACAGCGUCCAGGAGAGCCGAGGUCCACACGGGGGCAUUCUGCCUAGGGCCCUCACCCCCUUCUUUCGAAUUAGGGAGUGAUUUAUGGGCACAGCAGGCAAGGGCAGUGUUCCCCAUUUCCUUGGGGCAACAAGGGAGGCUGCCUACUCCCAUAACAGCCUCUUAAUUACCCCGUAUGGGUUGGAGAGAUGGUAUUGUCGGCCAUCUUCAAAUGCGCCCCUAGUGCCCCCCCUUCUGGCAGUUCCCUCAGUGCAAGAAGCGAAGUUACAGGGAACCAGGCAGAGGGCCUUCUCGGUAGUGGCGCCCACCCUGUGGAACGCCCUCCCAUCAGAUGUAAAGGGAAAAAACAACUAUCUGACUUUUAGAAGACAUCUGAAGGCAGCCUUGUUUAGGGAAGUUUUUAAUGUUUGAUAUUUUAUUGUUUGUUUGCCCAGAGUGGCUGGGAAGGCCCAGACAGAUGAGCGGGGUAUGUAAUAAAUUAUUAUUAUUAUUAUUAUUAUUAUUGUCAUGCAUGCCAAGUGCUGUCCCUGAAGGUCAUUCCUCACACUAAACAAAGAAAAGAAAAGAAAAGCCCACAUACAUUAUUCUACAAUAGAAAUGGCAAUAUUCUAACUGCAAAAUUGCAUUGUCUGGACGACUAUGUAUUUUAGUCGGGCACAGAAACACACCCAACUCAUUUGUCUUUCUUUGCCAUUUGGCAAAUGCUUGUAUUUUGCAUGCCUGCCGAUACUAACAAAAGGAUAAAAGAGCAACGUAUUAAUUUGCAACAAAGACACGCAUUGAUGAUAAGCAAGCAGUCAUUCAGGUUCCUUCCUUACUGCCAUAGACAGCUUUUAAUCCCCAUUGCCUCUCAACUCCUUGAAAAAGCAGAAUGGCUUGUGGGGAAACCAUAAAGUUAAGCAGGUUAAAUAUGUGUUAUGAAGCUUGACCACUGGAAAUCCUAACUGGGUUUAUUCACCUGCAUUUGUGAAAUGAGCUUCUCCACACAUACCUACACAAACAUACCCCACUCCCCGACUACCCCACCCCGUCCGACCUUAGCUAGAAACUAAAACUGAGAAGAAAUUGACAGGAAUAAAUGACAGAUUCUGCAAAAGACCUUGCAGCUGCCCAAAGCUUCCUGAAUCCAGUGGCCCAUGGAUUACGAGGAAAAAUGUGAAAGCCACUCCAGAUGUUUCCAAGCAGAAUACCUUCCUGUCAUACGUAGCUCCAUAUUGUGUUGAUUUUAUAAUUUAAUGGCUUGCUUAAUCCUAUGCAUGUUUACUCAGAAGAAUAUAACCCCCCAUUAUGUUCAGUCUUGCUCAUUCCUAGCAAAGUGUGCAUAGGAUUGCAGCCAGUCAGGGUGGUCCCAAUCAUUGAAUUUGAAUUAAAUCCCACUGUGUCCAAUGGGUUAUACUCCUUGCUGGUAAACAUGGAUUGCAGCCUUAACCAGGUUACUUAAAGAUUAUGAUUUCCCCUUCCUCCUAAUGUGAUAUUCUGAUUGCAACACAUACCUUCUUCUGAAUUUAGAAGAGACUUAUGACCUGCAACUUCAGUAUUACUUCAAAUGUCUGUGUUUGCCUAUCAAAACACACCGCUGUCUCUCUCUGUGUGUGUUUUAACGAAUUCAUGCAGUGAUUUGUAAAUGGCUUCCUGAAAUGCCGGAUGUUUUCUGCAUAAUUUUGCGACUGAAUUAUUUGUUGAAAUAGCUCGUCAGCGUGGCAAGAAAACUACUCGGUCCUGGAGACCGGCCAGGCAUUCAUGAUUAAACAUUUGUUUUAGCAUCUUGUGUUGUCGCCCUCACCACACCACAAUCACCCUCUUUUUCCCCUAGAUGUUCCAGUUGUCAGAACCAUUGACAGAAUUGAAAAUACUUACCUGGUUUUUUAAAAAAAUGCAUAGAGGAGGGUGGUGGAGGUUGUAAGAGAUGAAACAAUGAAAGCUUAUGAUUCACUGUGCCCAGCAAAUAACCAUCUCCAUUCAUUUCAGGAAAGGAGAAAGUAAACAAAAGUCCAAUUAAUUUUGUUUCUGAAUCAGGAGUAUGAAUAAUAAGAACAAGAAGGAGCCCCCUGGGUUAACAAAUAUGUUUUAUAAUUAUGUGAAUGUAACCACAUAUGCAUUCAAUGUAUAAAAGAACUCAAAUAUAUAUUUGUAAAACCAGUGGUAUCCAUGCAUAAACCACCCACUUAACCUAAAACAAAUCUAAUAAAUUUCUGUAUCCUCAGAGGCUUCCAUUUCCUGUACAGAAGGAGAUAAGUAGAAUGCCGCUUUCUGUUGUGAAUGAAAAAUCUGCUAAUUGACAUUAAAAAUAACUUUAAAAAAAGACACACCUGACUUCCACUUUUGGAAGGUCAAUCAUUUUUCUUUUCAUUUACCCAUCUCACCAGGAGACAGCUAUCCUUUCCUGAAAUAACGGCAUAUGAUUUACUUGAAACAUCUGUAGGCGACACUGAUGAUUGAAAGUCUUCUAGUCCUGGCAACUGGAAGAGCCUCUGCUUUUUAUUGCAAAGAGAUUGGUGCAAAGCGUGUCAUCGGUUUCACCCUUGCGUAUUUGCUGUCUGAGGCCAAGGGAGCCUUUUUGGGUUGUGUGUGUAUAACCACAAAUUAUUGGAUGAAAUGAAGCAAAUAACUAUUUCCCAGUGGUGUGACCUGUAAAGACUAUGGAAAUGUCUCUCAAGGGGUUUCGGGAAGCUCCAUUGAUUGUGACAGUUUAAUACCAGGCGGGCCCAAAACACUCAGGGGACACAAUGAAGUGUGAAAAUGUACAUCUCAGAAGGAGGCACAAAAAGCCUUCCAAAUGCUUUGCUUCUUUGUGAAUGUGGGAGAUUCAGUUCAUACAUGGAGCUCCGCUUGGCUUCCCCGUUCAGUUCAUUGGAAAGAUGUGGUUCUCAUCCAUUCCUCCCACCCCUGUUGUGCCCCUUUAGUGAUGUGUUUUGUGACAUUUUCAGCCACUUCUGUGUUUACCACUGUGGACAUGUGCGUGAAUACAUGACUUUUGGAUGCAUGUUAAUCUGUCGUUGCCUGUAUUAUGGAAAUACAGUGGUACCUCGGGUUAAGUACUUAAUUCGUUCCGGAGGUCCGUACUUAACCUGAAACUGUUCUUAAUCUGAAGCACCACUUUAGCUAAUGGGGCCUCCUGCUGCUGCCGUGCCGCCGGAGCACAAUUUCUGUUUUCAUCCUGAAGCAAAGUUCUAAACCUGAAGCACUAUUUCUGGGUUAGCGGAGUCUGUAACCUGAAGCGUAUGUAACCUGAAGCGUAUGUAACCUGAGGUACCACUGUAUUUUCAUGUUGUAAGCCACCCUGAUCACUUUUUUAACUAUGGGAAAAUGGCUUGCAGAUAAAAUGGUGAUGGUCAUGAUGCUUAUGUUAGACAUGGGACUGGGGCAUUUUAAGCCAUUCCCUUAUUUCUGUACCUGAGAACUACAACUGUUUGAUCUCUAAUCCCUUACCCAGUGUGUUUGGUUGGCAGAAUUUAGCUUAGUCCUGCCUGCUGUUUAGAGACAGGUUUUUAGUUAUUAUUAUAAUUAUAAUUAUUUAUUGAAUUUAUAUACCACCCUAUACCCGGAGGUCUCAGGGCACAACAAAACCAGAACACAAAACCAAAAAAUAUAUAAUCAAGCUAAAAACAAUAACCCUAAUAAUCAUAUUUAUACCCCGCCCAUCUGGCUGGGUUUCCCCAGCCACUCUUGGCGGCUCCAAACAGAACACUAAAAACUGAAUAAAACUUCAAACAUUAAAAACUUUCCUAAACAGGAUUGCCUUCAGGUGUCUUCUAAAAGUUGGUUAGUUGUUUAUUUCCUUGACCUCUGAAGGGAGGGCAUUCCACAGGGCGGGCGCCACUACCAAGAAAGCCCUCUGUCUGGUUCCCCAUAACCUUACUCCUCGCAGUGAGGGAACCGCCAGAAGGCCCUUGGCGCUGGACCUCAUUUUAAAAGGACAUAGGAUACAUCCUAAAUAGUUAUCCGUAACGUCUUUCUGCUUUUGCUCCUAUUCCAAAUCCGGCUCGCUUUUUUAUGCCCUUACAAUUCCGCUAGAGAUCUCCUACGAAAGCUUUCCCAAGAAUGUUUCACCAGUGCCGAAAGGUCAAAAGGUACGGGGAAAUGGAAAAGAUACUGAAGAGGAUGCCCCCCCCAAAAAAGAGAGGGAUAACGAACUUAGUUAACGAAGACAGGUAAUUUCAACAUUUGCCUCUUGGCCAGCAGCCACUGAGAGAUUAAAAAAAUGAAACGUGUUCACAACCCCUUAGAUUAACAACUAACUAUUCUGCAUCAGUAUGCUUUAUCUGGGAACAUAUGGAGUAUGAAAUUCCAUUUAAGGAAUUUACAUUUCUUAAUGCAAGCAAUUAGGUGUGUAGUAAAGUCUCGUUAUUACACAUGAUUAGUCUCUCCCCCCCCACACACUAUUUUUUUUAAAGGUGCUCAUUUAGUACACUAGCUUUACGUUCAAUUGGGAUGUAUUUUAAGACCCAGUAACUGCUGAUAUAGGGACGUGGGUGGCGCUGUGGGUUAAACCACAGAGCCUCUUGGACUUGCCGAUCAGAAGGUCGGUGGUUCGAAUCCCCGCGACGGGGUGAGCUCCUGUUGCUCGGUCCCAGCUCCUGCCAACCUAGCAGUUUGAAAACACGUCAAAGUGCAAGUAGAUAAAUAGGUACCGCUAGGCAGGAAGGUAAACGGCGUUUCCGUGCGCUGCUCUGGUUCUCCAGAAGCGGCUUAGUCAUGCUGGCCACAUGACCUGGAAGCUGUACGCCGGCUCCCUUGGCCAGUAAAGCGAGAUGAGCACUGCAACCCCAGAGUCGGUCACGACUGGACCUAAUGGUCAGGGGUCCCUUUACCUUUAACUGCUGACAUAUGGCCAUAUCUCUGACCACCACAUUCCAUACUCCUCAAAGUGAAUUCACAACAUGCAUCUACCUGGCUCUUCUUGUCUGCCUGAGUCAGCUCCUGGGCCUGAUGCUCAGGUACUAAUUCUCCCAUUGAAAACAAUGCAGCUGCCUCCAGUAAUACACUUCUGCAUGCCUGGUGGUUGUUUUCUUGGGAAAAUAUAUUGCUGUAUUGAUUGAGGAAAUAAACAGUGUAUGUUUUUUGCCUAUCAAAUAUUUCCCCCCUCCAGCUUUGUCCCAUUUUCCCCACACCCCUCUCCGUGCAAAAGCUCACUAUCAGAGAAGUAUUCAAGAUCAAUGCAGUGACUCCCUCCCUCUUCCUUUGUUGCCCAUUGUAAAUCUAUUAGCUGUGAUCUGUAAUUAGGUGCACAGCUUAAAAGAAAGAACAAAUGGUGUCCACUGAACCAUGGCGCUCGCCUUCAUGGCUAAAAAAUAAAAUAAAAAAUGACCCAUUUGGUUUUACCAGCUGUGACAUUGGCGGCAGGUUCAAUGACAGAGAACACAUAAAACUCAAUAGAUUAAAACGUUUCCAGUUCACUAAACAUCCAGAGGGGCAUAACAAAGGGUCCCAGACCACUGUAGAGAAAAGGAAAAGGUAGGCUUUGUUGAUCUCAUAUGCUACAUUUCCUUCCUUCCAUCCUUUUGCUUGGGGGUGGAUCUCAUAUGGUGGUUUUGCCUUAGAGCAGGCAUCCCCAACCUUUGGCCCUCCAGAUGUUUUGGACUACAAUUCCCAUCAUCCCUGACCACUGGUCCUGUUAGUUAGGGAUCAUGGGAGUUGUAGGCCAGAACAUCUGGAGGGCCGCAGGUUGGGGAUGCCUGCCUUAGAGAUUGGUAGAGUUAACAGAGAGUCUCCACCUUCCAAGACAAUAAUGCCCACUCACAUCACAAGGAGCUUAUAACCCACCUGCUCUCAGCAGCCAGAAUCAUCAUAACCAGACACUGGAGAGACCUGUCAGGAGUAAGCAUGGACCAAUGGUAUCAGAUAGUAUGGGAAAUUCCCAGGAGUCUUUGGGGGAAGUCAUGUGCUUUAAAUGUACAGUGUAUUCAUGACCUCAUCAGCACCUGCUUGUUUAAUAGUAAUCUGCUAACCUCAACGUAGAUUUUUUAAAACAGAAAUUGCAGGUAGAUGUUUUCCUGUGUUCACUGUUUUCUGAAUUAACCUCUGCUGAUGAGAUUUGUAUGCACUGCUGCUGGUUCUGUGAUGCAGGUGCUGGUGGUAGGAACGCAUUUAAUGGAACAUGGGAGUAGGCAUUAAUGUCACUGAAUAUAACCCAUCACAUUACUUCCCUAAUAGUAAAUGUGAUAAAUGAUGCAUAUCCUGCAAGUAUUUUGGAUUUUCCCUUCUCAUUUUGUGCUGGUGUUAUACCAAAGGAGAAAAGUAAUAACACAUUCAGCUCAGAUAACAUGACAAACUGCAAUGAAAUAGGAUAGCUGAAAUGGUUUUGAAUAGAUACAGAUGAAUGAAAAUGGGCCAUUUAUUACGGAGCCAUAAUGUCUUUACUGUGGCUUGAUUUGUUUUGAUUGUGUGUGCGUGUGCGCAUGGGAUGUGUAGAAAUGGUAAAACCCAACUCUCAUUUGCUCGUUAACUUUGCUCCAGUUUAUGCUGCCUUUUUGAUUCUUGCUCUCUCUUUUUGCUUUCAAACCUUGCUAUUUAUUGCUCUGAACUGAAUGUGGGGGGUAAUAUUUAUCAGCAGUCCUGUUCUUGCAAGCAGGGACACUGAAGUUGUCAUUAUUAUUAUUAUUAUUAUUAUUAUUAUUAUUAUUAUUAUUUAUUUCUACCCCGCCCAUCUGGCUGGGCUUCCCCAGCCACUCCGGGCAGCUUUCAACAGAACAUUAAAAACAGAAUAAAACUUCAAACAUUAAAAACUUCCCUAAACAGGGCUGCUGCUUCUAAAAGUCAGAUAGUUUAUUUCCUGAAGGGAGGGCGUUUCACAGGGCGGGUGCCACUACCGAGAAGGCCCUCUGCCUGAUUCUCUAUAACCUCACUUCUCACAGUGAGGGAACCGCCAGAAGGCCCUUGGAGCUGGACCUCAGUGUCCGCACUGAACGAUGGGGGUGGAGAUGCUCCUUCAGGUAUACUGGACCAAAGCCAUUUAGGGCUUUCAAGGUCAGCACCAACACUUUGAAUUGUGCUCGGAAACGUACUGGGAGCCAAAGUAGGUCUUUCAGGACCAGUGUUAUAUGGUCUGUUAACCACCCACUGUUGCUGUGUCACUUGCUUUUGGGUAUGUUUGCUGUAAGGUGUGCUGCUUUCCACUUUGCAUAGGGUUGAGGAUCCAAAGGUUUCUGUGCUUCCAAGAAAAGAGCCUUCCUCUCAUGGGAAGGAGGCCUUCUCUUGAAAAGCAUCCUUUGCCAGACCAAGGGAAUCUUUGACUCCAAUGCUUCACUGCAGUCAUUCAUCCUGUUUACAUUUACAGUGGUACCUUGGUUGUCAAAUGGCUUGGCUCCCGAAUAAAUCAACUCCCGAACACCACAAACCCAGAAGUAAGUGUUCCAGUUUGCGAACGUUCUUUGGAAACCAAACUUCCAACGCGGUGUCCGAUUGAAUGCAGGAAGCUCCUGCAGCCAAACAGAAGCCACACCUUGCUUUUUGAAUGGUUCUGGGAGUCGAACGGACUCCUGGAACAGAUUAAGUCUGACAACCAAGGUACCACUGUACUUAAACUUGUUCACUUUAGAAAGACAAGGCAUGUGUCCCUGCACCUUCUUUAGUAGUGGCAAAAGGAUGGAAUAAUUUAUUUGUUCUCCCUGCUUUUAAACAGCAGGUCAAACCCCAGAUGCUGUAGGAAAAUUCAUUUGUUCUAGUUUUGUUCUUAUAAAACAUUUGUAUUUUCCAGGAACCCUCCUCCUACUUUGUUUCAGCCAGAAAAUUGGUCCAGAGGAUUCAACCACUUCAUUUCCCAGUGAGUACAACCCUUUUCCAUUUUAAGCAGCUUAACCUUGCGUGCCGUUAUCGCAAAAUGAUAUGCGGCAAACCUUUGGCAAUGAAAUUUCCUUCCUGCAAACAAGAGCUCUUUUUAGUUUUUGUUUACAUUGCAUAUUUCCUUCUCAACUUUUGUCUUGAUGAAAACUUUACAGUUUCGCAGAGGUCGUGGUGUGAUCUGCAUUUGAAAUUAGUUGCCUGGCUAUUGAUAGGUAUAGGUCUGAAUACCCUCCUGUUGUUGUUCUUAUCCUUAAUAUACCUCUUCCUGAUUCUGUCUUGCUCAGUCUGUGAACCAGGAGCAUAAGGCCUUAGGAGAGGAAUAGUUCAAGUGACCGUUGCAGCUCAGUCUCCCAAGACUGAUGCAGCGUAAAGUCGAGCAUAAAGCCAGCACCACAAAAGACCCCACACAACUUUGUUCUAUCACAUUACAGUGGAACCACUGGUUCUGAAAGCCAGUGUGGUAUAGUGGUUAAGAGUGGUAGUCUUGUAAUCUGGGGAACCGGGUUCGCGUCUCCGCUCCUCCACAUGCAGCUGCUGGGUGACCUUGGGCUAGUCACACUUCUCUGAAGUCUCUCAGCCUCACUCACCUCACAGAGUGUUUGUUGUGGGGGAGGAAGGGAAAGGAGAAUGUUAGCCGCUUUGAGAUUCCUUCAGGGAGUGAUAAAGCGGGAUAUCAAAUCCAAACUCUUCUUCUUUUUCUUCUUAAACCACUCCGGCCCUGAAUGUUUCAGUUCCUGGACGUCAAAAACCCGGAAGUAAGUGUUCUGGGGUUUUUUUAGCAUUCCUCGGAACCCAAAUGUCUGAUGCAGAUUCUGAUCUGCAAAAAGCCUAGCUGUAAGCCAAUCGGAAGCCGCGCCUAGGAAUUCGAAGGUUUCAGAAGUCAAACGUCCUUCUGGAACGGAUUACAUUCGACUUCCAAGGUUCCACUGUACACUGGUUCUCUGCGUUCCCACUGGUUCAAAUACAUGAAUUAUGUAGGACAUGCUUUGUACCAGGACUGUAGCAUGGUGGGGGGUGGGCUUCUAGGGUGACUACUCAUGUUGCCCUCCCUGAGCCAGCCCUAUGCCACUUUGUGAGGUGUUGCUCUAGCAGCUGGUGUUGCUUCGGCAGCAAAGGCCCUCCAUUCGCCCUCUGCACCCCACCUUAGAAAAGCUCCUUGUAGACCAUGGGUCUGCUAAGGCCCGGGGGCCUGAACCGACCCAAUCGCCUUCUCAAUCCGGCCCGCGGACGGUCCAGGAACCAGCGUGUUUUUACAUGAGUAGAAUGUGUCCUUUUAUUUCAAAUGCAUCUCUGGGUUAUUUGUGGGGCCUGCCUGGUGUUUUUACAUGAGUAGAAUGUGUCCUUUUUAAAAAAAUGCAUCUCUGGGUUAUUUGUGGGGCAUAGGAAUUUGUUCAUCCCCCCCCCAAAAAAAUAUAUAUACAGUCCCAGUCCCCCACAAGGUCUGAGGGACAGUGGACCGGCCCCCUGCUGAAAAAGUUUGCUGACCCCUGUUGUAGAGCCACUCAAUGAGGGCAUUUGAGAAGCACGCAACAGCCAUGCAACCUUGAUCCCAGCCUCCCCUGGGAUUGAAGAGCACAUGACUGUUACGCCCUUCUCAUUCCACACUCCUUGAGUGCUCUGGUGGCAGCUGCUGUUUUGUACCAUCCUGACUUGAUGGUUUGUUUGGUUUUGGUUGGUUCAUAACACCAAGAAUCUCUUUCUCACUUAUCACCAUUCUUUGCCUCGGUUCUUCAGAUUCCCUUCUUGAGAAAGUUAGUUGAAGGACAAAGAUCUGCCCCACAUCUCCUCCAGUAAAGACAGAUGCAAAGAAUCCAUUCAGUUUUGCUUUUUCUCUGUCCUUUUUCUCCUUUAGCACACCUUUGACUCUCUUGCUGUCCCAAAGUAGCUUUUAAUAUAUGGUAACCACUGCCAUUUGAGUUAUGAGUCAUUCCAUAUGGUGGGUUUGAUUCCCACUUAAAAAGUUAUUUUUAUUUUAUUUUAUUUUUUAAAAUUAAAAGCAUCAAGCUAUACAGCAUCAAACUUUUUGGCCAUUAGUGAUAAAUGACUCAUUUAUAUGCAUUAGUUAUGCAUUUGUCAGUGCCUGGCUUGUGACAAUUUCAUUUUGAUAAAUUAAAAGGAAUGAUUGUAACAAGUCCAUUGUUCCUUUUAUCCAAAUGUUAGGACCAUGCCUGAUGUUCCCGUCACCCUUGUGCUGAGUGGUUGAAUUUUCAGUAAUUCCAUUAUCUACCUCCUCCCUGAUGUUGACUAUAAUUUGCAUAACAAGCUUAUCUGGUUCAAGUUGUGGUCCAGACCUAUGUAGCUACAUAGAAGGGAGCGUGCAUCUUCAGACAAGUGCAUUUCUGAAUUCAGCGCUAAUGCAGCCAUUCUCCCCCUCUAGCUGCCACCACCAAAUCCUUUUAGGGUCUCGUUCAGAGCAAGUGUUCUGCUCCAUAUGCCAAUUUUCUUUAGCUUGUGCAGAAUAGCCUUGUUAUUGUUGACACACUGGUGUUGUUCAGUGGAUUCUCUAUAUAUUUAGUUAGAGAACACAGUCCUAGUCAGCAAUUAUUUUAAAAUUGUAGCCAUGGACACACUGGGGGAAAGUGGGAACAGGGGCAUGUCUGACAUGCCUAAUGGGGUGGCAAGGAUUUGAUUGGGGUGCUACAGCAGGAACCAGACAAGAAGUCUCUGGAGGCAAGAUUGAGCCUCCAGCCUGCCAGCUGCUGAUCUUUACAAUUUUUUUUUACAAUAAGCAGAAAUUUACCUUUUCUCAGUGUGGAGAAGAACACCACUGAAUUACUUUUCAUCACUCAGCUAUUAAAGGCUUGGGGGUUGAGUUUCUGAGACGGCAAGGAGUUUGCAACCACAGCGUGAUACAUUUACUUCCAGGUUUUCCUUAACUGUACAUUCAUGGUUAUGUGGUCAUUCUGUCUUGAUACAUAUUGUAUCAUAUGUGAACAGUUCCAGUUUUCAUAUUGGCCCAGUUCACAUGUCAUGCUAAACCAUGGCUUAGUGAGAUGUGCAUAAGCAGAAAGGAGUUGCUGUGGGCCUUGAUCCUGCAUGCGCCCUCCUCUCCCAUCACCGCUGUGAUAGGAAUUUUGAGGUCUUAGAUAUAUGGUAGUGUUCAUAAGCGUACCAGCCAAGCACGUACAUAGAUCAGCACAGGAAGACAGACCUGGAACCAUUUGAUUCCCAAACUGAGCAAAUGAUUUCUCUGCAAGGUCAAAGUGGGAAACCUCCCCAUUGUCUCUUUCCUCACAAAUCCUGUCUUAAGGGCACAUUUAAGAUAUGAACAGGGCAUGAGCCUGUGACCUGGCCCAGGAACUAAGCAUUUAUCACUACAAAAGAAUGGCCAGGCUCCCCAGGCAAUCCAAUCAAGUAACCUGCCAGACAGGAGAUAAACAACGACAGGAGAAAAACAACAUUCAAAUUUCUGUUUAGACCGCCUUUUCCGUGAUGUAGGUAUAAUGUAUCUGGGGGGUGGUCUUAGGUCACACCCCUUCUGUGAUGUAUGUAUGAUGUUUCUGGGGGUGGUCUUGAUCUACAGGGUGGCAAUUUCAAAAGUCUUUAUAAGGCCUUGCUCGCCACUUUUCUGGGUUCCUCCUCCUCUCCUGCGUGUGAGGGGAGCACCCUGUUGCAACAGUUCAAUAAAGAUCAAGCUUACUAGCUGCUUUGCUUCUCAAUAUUCUCUGGUUGGCCUCUGUUUUCUUCUCCUACCAAUAGGAUGUAAGGACUCUAUAUGGGCUCUUGGAUACCCCAUAAGGGAAAAGGGCAAUUUUUGUUUACAACACCGCCUUCCAAACAGCUGCAGGGUAGGAAAAGGAAAGCUUUUAUUUGUUUUCCCUUAAACUUGGUUGUCAUGUUGUGACAAACCAGGAACUGUGGUUUAUAACAAACCCUGGUUAGGUUACCAAAGCAGCUUCGGAAAUGACAGCUUUAAGCUGGCUUGUUCUGAAUCUGCCUGGAUGUUGUUUUAUAAACCAGGAUCUCACAUCUGGAUGGCACAAUAAAAUGGGAGUCAAAGAAAGUAAGGGGGAAGCUGCCAAAAUCUUUCACCCAGUGAUGCAAGAAGAGGAGAGGAAUAAUGAGUCCAACUCUUGCCGCAGCUUGUUCCUGCUCAUGAAAAUCUUACCAAACCAUGGUUUAGGGUGACAUACAAAACAUCUGAUUGUGUUACCUUAGGCAAGAAGGUUUUAGAGGCUCCAACUUUAUUUAUUUAUCUAAAUUACAAAAAAAUAAUAAUUCAUCCAGAUAAUCUCAGACAAAAGCAAGUUCUCACUUAUUUCAUUCCACGGAAUGAAAAGGGUUAGCUUGCUUAAGCUACACCUCGAAUUCUGUCUUGGUUUCUCUGCAAAACAACAAAACUUUCAAGAAAGCCUCCCUGAAGCCUUGCAGAACAGAGCCGUGCAAUUAGCCAUCAAUCCCUUUGAAGUUCAAAAUUCUUUUAAAAAGUUUGCUCCCUUUGAAGAACUGAACAGAUAAAAGGCUUAAGUAACUGGAAUUGGUCAUUUCCUGAUCAAGUGUUACUGUGGAGGAGUAGAUUAAGAAGGUGCAUCCUAAUUUAUUAUCAUUCAACCUCUGGAAAGGGUAUCUCACAUUGACUCGAAGCCCUCCUGAUUAUGACUAUGACAUAUUUCAUGGGCAGGUUGAAAAACAAAGGCUGCAACUGUUCAAAACAUAUGUUUGAUACAUAUUUAACCUAGAUUUUAACGACUGCUGCUGCUGCAAGUAUUCUUAUACAGCUUUUCAGUGUCUGUUCACAUCUAUCCUUGCAACUGAAUUACAAGUGGAUUUGUUGUUGUUUAGUCAUUUAGUCGUGUCCGACUCUUCGUGACCCCAUGGACCAGAGCACGCCAGGCACUUCUGUCUUCCACUGCCUCCCGCAGUUUGGUCAAACUCAUGCUGGUAGCUUCAAGAACACUGUCCAACCAUCUUGUCCUCUGUUGUCUCCUUCUCCUUGUGCCCUCCAUCUUUCCCAAUAUCAGGGUCUUUUCCAGGGAGUCUUCUCUUCUCAUGAGGUGGCCAAAGUAUUGGAGUCUCAGCUUCAGGAUCUGUCCUUCCAGUGAGCACUCAGGGCUUAUUUCCUUAAGAAUGGAGAGGUUUGAUCUUCUUGCAGUCUAUGGGACUCUCAAGAGUCUCCUCCAGCACCAUAAUUCAAAAGCAUCAAUUUUUUAACAAGUGGAUUAGAUACAUAUUUGAGGCCACCCAUUGUGGAAUCUGAACCAAGGGCUUUUCCAAAAGAGUUUCUAUAGUACCAUAUCAUUGUAGGUGUUUUAUUCAACAGCUAAGUAGGCAUUAGGUCAUAAAGUAGCCCUUCUGCUGUGCGUUAUUAAAUUUUUUCAGCAACCAAAGCCUCAUAUUUUGUCAGCAAGUCAUUAUAAGACUUGCCCCCAGCUACUUGUUUUUAUUGCUAUAGUAAAGUGUAUGACUGCACCUAUUGGGCAAUGCCUGUGAUGUCACUACUGACAGAUACCACAUACCAUUCACAUAAUGCAACCUUCUACUUUUGUGCCCAGGGCAUUUUGUGAACUUUCUAUACUAGUAAGUUUAAUUUAAAAUUUUUGAUUGGUGGACACAUUCUUCCCCCCCCCCCCCAAUUUUUUUUUUACAGUGGUACCUCGGGUUAAGUACUUAAUUUGUUCCGGAGGUCCGUACUUAACCUGAAACUGUUCUUAACCUGAAGCACCACUUUAGCUAAUGGGGCCUCCUGCUGCUGCCGCGCCGCCGGAGCACGAUUUCUGUUCUCAUCCUGAAGCAAAGUUCUUAACCUGAAGCACUAUUUCUGGGUUAGUGGAGUCUGUAACCUGAAGUGUAUGUAACCUGAAACGUAUGUAACCCGAGGUACCACUGUAUUCAUUUUAUAACACAAAUAAACAGCACAAACAGGAAAACAAUCAAUAGAAACAGAUUCUUGUCUUAUUCUUAUUUUUUCUAAACAUUGUUAGGUGGGCUUCCCCAAGUCCCCCCUAUCUGAUUUUCGUUUUACUGGUGGACACAUUCUUGUUAUGCCUUAAAAAGCAGUAAAGUGCCACCUUCUUCUGCUCCUUGCCUGGUCAUUUUCUGAACCUUUUUGUCCUUUUUUGAAAAACAUUUGCUUGCUAGAUGGAUAGUGUCUGGUUAUGAAAAACCAGAGUGCUCAUUCAGAUCAGUUUGCAGGACAAAGAAGAAGAAGAAGAAGAAGAAGAAGAAGAAGAAGAAGCAAUCCCAGCACUGUGGCUGAGCCCCAUCACCCUUUAGCAAGAUAUGUCCAUCUCCCGAGCUGUUAUUUGGAGUCAAGAUAUUCCACUAGGGGCUAACCCAUAUAUAUUACCCACAGACUUCCCAUGUUUUGUGUGGCCAUGUGGUCUGCUGAGUGCAGACUGAAAAGUGGUUGAAGCAAUGAAUGGCAUUCUUAGCUUAGGAUAACGAGCUACAUCCCAGCCGUCCAAAAACCGGAGGCUUCUACCACCCCCAAAUCCUUCCAUCCUCCAUUCAGACAAGUGAGAGGAAUUAUCAUAGUCCAAGAACACAUUUCACCUGGGCAAAAGAACUCGAGGAGGGCUCAGAGCAGAACCAAUGUCACUUGUGGAGAGUGUCACUUGUGGAGAAAGGAUGUGGUCUGGGAAUGAGGGAUGACUAUGGAAGAGUCCUAGGAAGAAAAAGAAGAAGAAGAAGAAGAAGAAGAAGAAGAAGAAGAAGAAGAAGAAGAAGAAUUUGGAUUUGAUACCCCACUUUAUCACUACCAGAAGGAGUCUCAAAGCUGCUAACAUUCUCCUUUCCCUUCCUUCCCCACAACAAACACUCUGUGAGGUGGGUGGGGCUGAGAGACUUCAGAGAAGUGUGACUAGCCCAAGGUCACGCAGCAGCUGCAUGUGGAGGAGCAGGGAAGCGAACCCAGUUCACCAGAUUACGAGUCCACUGCUCUUAACCACUACACCGCACUGGAACCAGACAGAGAGAACUGGAAGGUUGCAUUUGGCCUGUGACGCUAAGCUUCCCCACCCCAAUGAAGUUUAUUCCCAUAAGCUUGGAUGACUGGCUAAGAAUUUACUCCCUUGUAAGCUCUAUAUUUUCCUCAGAACUGAACCUGAGUCCUCUUACAUUUCUCAGUGCCUUCAGCAAGUUAAAACUAUUGGGGGGCGGGUGCUCAAAUAAUUUUGCUGCCGGAGGAUUUAUUGCAGCUCAGUUUGGUGGCAUUCCAAUGGUCGAGUGUUUCUCUUUCCAGUAGGAAGGAUUAGAAAUUUAUGAUACCUGGUUCUAAGGGGUGGAUCGAUAGAUACAUAAAUGUGUCUUGUGUACUAGAAUGUAUAUUAUGCACUUGAUAAUUGAAUACUGUGUAGUACACUGAAUCCUGCUUUGUGGAACCUGAGUGUAGCAGUAGGUAGCAAAAAAAUUAAAAAAAUAAAUCAGUUGUUUAUCAUGGCAUGCUACUUUUGGACACAUGUCCUCAAGGCACCUCUGUUAUGGGGGUGGGGGGUGAUUUUCCUGAAAGGCGGUGCAGCUCUAGAGAUAAUACUGCCUGGGUAGAUAGUGAUGGCAGGGAUCCUAUGGAAUUGUGAUGAAAGACAAAAGGAAAGCAAAAAAUGGCCGCAGGCAAAGCUAUCCCCGUUUUCCUUCAUUUUCUUUUCAACAACAGCAAUAUCAUGCAGCAGUCUGAAGACAGGCAGGUAGCGGGAACAGAUGAGCAGAUGUGAAAGAGCAGACGCAUCAUUGGAUCAUUAUUACAAAUGGGUUUCAUGAUGUGCUUGUUCUCGUCCACCUGUCUGCUGCGUGUGACUGGCUUAGCGUUGAGUCAGAGCUACACACAAGAGAAGUAAGAGAUGAGCUAUUCAGGCAGAUGGCUGCGUAUGAGGGAAAAUGGGAGGGGGAACAAAGCAUCUUCCCAAAGAAAUUCGCCUUUCAGUGCUCGUUGUAACAAAUGCUGUUCUUUUCCCUCAUGACAGGCCCUGCCGUUGGGCAGAGUGAGGCAGUUGCCUUAGGUGGCAAAUGCCUUAGGUGGUGGGAGAAAAGUAAGCCAUUCAGGCAGUUGCUUGUUUAUAGUAGGGUGAAGAGACUAACCAUUUCCCCAAAGGUUUGCUUUUCAAUUCUCAUAAUGUGGUCCCUGUCCCUCAGGACCAGCCCUGCUGUUGGGCAGUGUGUGCCAUCUGCCUCUGGCAGCAUAUGUUGAGGUGUGUGGAGAGUGAGUUGUAGUGAGGUGUUGGAGAACAGUGCUAUAUGUACCUUGUAGCUUGCCCUUGAAAGAUUCCAUCAACGGUGUCUCUGGAAAAUUUUACACAUCACUUGGGAAGACAGGCAAACUAAUGCCAGUGUACUGGAAGAAGCAAAGUGUCGAAACAAUGAUUCUUCAACAUCAAAGUGGUUGGACUGGCCAUGUUGUUUGGAUACCUGAUUAUCAUCUUCCAAAGCAACUGCUCCAUUCCGAACUUAAAAAUGGAAAGCAUAAUACUGGUGGUUAACAAAAGAGGUUUAAAGACUCUCCCAAGGCAAAUCUAAAAAAAUGUAAUAUAAACAGCGACAACUGGGAAACACUGGCCUGGUAGCGCUCCAGUUGGAGAACAGCCUUUACCAAAGGUGUCAUGGGCUUUGAAGACGCUCAAACUCAGGACGAAAGGGAGAAAGUUGCUAAGAGGAAAGCACGCUUGGCAAACCUUCACCCUGAUCAACUGCCACCCGGAAACCAAUGUCCCCACUGUGGAAAGAUGUGUGGAUCCAGAAUUGGCCUCCACAGUCACUUACGGACUCACUGUUAAAACCAUGUUCAUGGAACACAAUCUUACUCGGCUAUGAGUGAACGCCACAUAAGAAGAAGCCCUGUGCCCUCUGAAGUAAUGGAAUACAGUCAUACCUUGGGUUACAGAUGCUUUGGGUUGCACGAUUUUGGGUUGCGCACUGCACCAAACCGGAAGUACCGGAACGGGUUACUUCCAGGUUUUGGUGCAUGCACCGAAGCGCCGAAUUGCAACCCGCACAUGCGCAGAUGCGGCACUGCAGGUUGCGGACGCUGCAGGUUACGAAUGUGCUUCCUGCACUGUUUACGUUCGCAACCUGAGUGUCCACUGUAUGUUGAAUCCAUUUUCAACUGCUGGUCCAGUCAGCUUUGUACAUUAAAUGGGAGGGGUAACUUGUUCAUUGCCUCAGUUAGCAAGAGUCCCCUGUGCCUGUUUACCCUUCCCAUCCCCACUGCCACAACCUUUAAGCCUUUGAAAGACGUGGCUUCUAAUAAUAAUAAUAAACGUUUCUGUUGUUGUGUUGCUGGAUUGCUUGUUGUUUUGAAUUUAUCUCGUUCUCUCACUAAAAUGGAUUCAACAUCUCCGAUGAGGCUGUGGUGUACAUAGAAGGAUAUAGCUGUUCCGCCCUUCUGUGAGCAACUGGUAUAAUCUUAAGAUCUCCUUUGACAAUUAAUGUCUCUGUAAUUCCAAUGAGGUUUUAAAGAUUGGGAAAAGAGCUUUGUAAGACUGGAGAUGGACAUUUGUUAUUAUUGUUUAUAUGCACAGGAGGAAAUCAUUCCAUCCACAUCCCCGUCUGUCAUCAGUAUACGGGGAUUUGCCUCAGGGGAGUACAGAGUGGUUCAGCUUUCUUAUCGGGAGAAUCCUUGGUGGGACUGCUGAAGUGUUUAAUGGAGGGGAAAAUUAACAUCUGAGUUGCAGCUGAUUUUGUGACAUGCAGCUGCCCACUACAGAUGUGACUUGCUUUGCUAUUACGUCUUGUUUAAAGGUAAAGGUAAAGGUAAAGGUAAAGGUAAAGGUACCCCUGACUGUUAGGUCCAGUUAUGGACGAUUCUGGGGUUCCACACCCAUCUCGCUCUAAAGGCCGAGGGAGCCGACGUUUGUCCGCAGACAGCUUCCGGGUCAUGUGGCCAGCAUGACUAAGCCGCUUCUGGCGAACCAGAGCAGUGCACGGAAACGCUGUUUACCUUCCCGCCAGAGCGGUACCUAUUUAUCUACUUGCACUUGACAUGCUUUUGAACUUCUAGGUGGGCAGGAGCUGGGACCGAACAAUGGGAGCUCACCCCGUUGCGGGGAUUCGAACCGCCGACCUUCUGAUCGGCAAGUCCUAGGGGCUGUGGUUUAACCCACAGCUCCACCCACGUCCCAUGGGGUAUGGUAGGACGUCCCUAGUUUCGUUGGCAAAAUUUUGGAGGGUAUGAAGUUAUGUGAUCCUUAAGCCAUCUGAAGGCAGCCCUGUAUUGGGAAGUUCUUUAAUGUUUAAUGUUUUAUUAUGUUUUUAUAUAUGUUUGAAGCUGCCCAGAGUGGCUGGGCCAAUCCAGUCAGAUGGCUGGAGUAUUCAGUUUCCUUUAAAGCCCUCUUCAUGUAUUAUAUGUGUAAAGCGGUCCACAUGAUUAAGUAUCCUGUCUGUUUCCCUGAUGUCCAAGCACACUAUGAGGGGGAAGCCUAUUUGCCUAGAUCUCUUCCCAAGCGAGCUGCUCUCUAGAGAUGUCCACAUCCGAUGAAAUGAUAACUAGCAUGGAGCCCUUCACAUUCAUUCACUGCAUGCAGAUACAUACUUUUGGAAGCUUACCAGAUUUUUCAAUGUGGACUCAUUGUUCCUGGAAGGUGGAAAGUUUGAUAGCUGCUGCCUUGGUUAAUAUGUUUCUCCCUUCUCCAGUUCAAGAAAUAAAUGCAAACGCUGGCCUAUAUCUGUUCUGGCCACCAUCAUGUUUUCUUUGGUGAAGGAGAUCUGUUUCUGACAAGAUAUGCCACCACCUCUGCUUCGGUUGUGAAAUCUAUUUCUAUCCGUUUGUUCGUUUGUAAAUAUUUGUUCACACCAGCUGGUUCCCCUUUCAUUCUUCCGAUUUGCUGGCUGCAAAAAAAUGGCAGUUUACAUUGUGCACAUAGCUCUCUCUGCCUCAACAAUGUUAUCAUCCGAAUGCAAGCCGCUUGCCUGUGAAUUAGGCCUCUGUGUUGCUUGUUCCCGUCUUAACAAACGCUUCAUCUUUGCCUGCCUGUAAUUGUGACAGAAUGAAAUUGGUGUUUAGGAACCUGUAAUAUUAGAUUCUAGUAACCCAACAGACAGCUAAUGGCUGCCACCUCUGUUUAACGUAAUGACACUAAUGAAUUCUGAGGGUUACUUUUCAGCUAGGAAAACAUGAUGGAAGGUGCUGGAAUUUCAAAUUAGGUGAUGGAUUUGCCUCCGUUGAGGCCAAUAUGCGCAGCAUUUGUUUCCUUUUCAGUAUAUUUUACUCAUAUUAACAAUGGUCAUCCACCAUUAGGGCAAAACAGAACCAUAAUAUUAGUCAAUGGGAACAUUUGUUAAAGUGACAGUUAAGGUGCAACUCUUUAAGGUGCAACUUCAAGUACUACUGUUAAAUCUGCUGCCUUAGGAGCAGUUAGAAGUUAUUGUCCUCUCAUCAGUGUUGAAGAAAGAAUCGAAGGCCAGGCCAAUUGGCUUCCAUAUGUGGAAUGGUAGGGACACCAUUGUGUCCUUCACCUCAGGAAGCAAAAUGCCUCGGGCUGGCCUUGUUCCCUUGUAGAUGGAACAGAACUUCUCCUUUGUGAGCUGACACACAGUCCCAUCAGUUGGUGUCGCUGAGGUGAUCUGGGAUAGUUCUCUAGAGCAGGCAUCCCCAAACCCGGCCCUCCAGAUGUUUUGGGACUAUAACUCCCAUCAUCCCUAGCUAACAGGACCAGUGGUCAGGGAUGAUGGGAACUGUAUUCCCAAAACAUCUGGAGGGCCGAGUUUGGGGGUGCCUGCUCUAGAGCUAUAUAUUAUUGAUUCCAUAUGUUACUUUUCAUUAUAAGGCUAGCAAUGCUGUGGGCUUUCAAAAUAUGUUUUGGGGGAAAUGGUUUUGGGAAAUACGUCAUUUUAAGAAACCUAGAAUGCUAAACCUUAGAAAUCUCCCUGGUCUAGGGCUUCUUCAGUACAUAAAAAAUACGUCCAGCUUAUCUUUGAACAAGAGGAAAGUUCCUAAUGACUGUGGUUGUGCUGCCCUAUAUUUAGCAGUGCCAUCUCAUAAAAUAGCAUGCUUUGUAACCUUAACAAUUGCUGAUGUGAUGCUGGCUAGGUUGGUUUGAGAAUGGUACAUUAAAUUAAUCUCCUCUGAAAGAAUUGGAGACUGGGUGCUAGAUUGGUUUAAGGGGGAAGAGUGGCAGCUGCUUUGGAUAUUGAAAGAGUUUGCCCCUCUCUGGAUCCACCCCUGAGUUCUAAAGUCUCCUCAGUAGGACACCCUAAAACCACCGUCUGGGCUACAGAACUUAUCAAGGGGAUCCAGAGCUCAGUGCAAGUAGGUUCCUUAAGAUAUCUACAAACUUUUAACUCAAAUAGCAGCUAUUCCCUUUGCUCGAGGCUGGCCCAGACAUUAGGCGAGGUGAGCCCACUGCCUUAGGUGGCCGAAGCCCCUGAGGCAGUGUCCCCAAGGGCACCUGCCAUCUCCGCCACCAUUGGAGAUAAGAAACUGGCGUUGGUCCCGAUUUCUGGUGAGAUCUUGCGGAGUGUGUGAGAUCACACCUGAAAUAGAUGCUGCUGCCGGCACGGCUUCUCCCCUGGCGAUAUAGGCAGCGGGGCAGGUGGCAGCAGAAGCAGGGAAUAAUAAUAAUAAUAAUAAUAAUAAUAAUUUAUUAUUUGUACCCCGCCCAUCUGGCUGGGUCUCUCCAGCCACUCUGGGUGGCUUCCAACAAAGAUUAAAAAUACAUUAAAAUACAUUAAAAAAUUCCCUGAACAGGGCUGCCUUCAGAUGUCUUCUAAAUGUCAGGUAGUUGUUUAUCUCUUUGACAUCUGAUGGGAGGGCAUUCCACAGGGUGGGUGCCACUACCGAAAAGCCCCUCUGCCUGGUUCCCUGUAGCUUUGCUUCUCGCAGUGAGGGAACUGCCAGAAGGCCCUCGGCGCUGGACCUCAGCGUCUGGGCAGAACGAUGGGGGUGGAGACGCUCCUUUGGGUAUACUGGGCCAAGGCCCUUCCUGUUUCAUCUCAAAUGGCAAAAGAGGAUCCGCUGCCACUGCUUUUAUCCCAAGGAGUUCUGGGGAUUGUAGUCUUGUAGGAAGGUAAAAGGUAAAGGUACCCCUGCCCGUACGGGCCAGUCUUGCCAGACUCUAGGGUUGUGCACUCAUCUCACUCUAUAGGCCGGGAGCCAGCGCUGUCCGCAGACACUUCCGGGUCACGUGGCCAGCGUGACAAGCUGCAUCUGGCAAGCCAGCGCAGCACACAGAACACUGUUUACCUUCCCUCUGGUAAGCGGUCCUGGGGGUGCUUUCGAACUGCUAGGUUGGCAGGCGCUGGGACCGAACGACGGGAGCGCACCCCACCGCGGGGAUUCGAACCGCCAACCAUACGAUCGGCAAGUCCUAGGCGCUGAGGUUUUACCCACAGCGCCACCCGCGUCCCUGUUGUCUUGUAGGAAGAGGAGCUACUAAUUCUCAGCCUCACUAAACUACAAAACCCAACAUUCUUUGGGGAAAGCCACAAUGGUUGCUCUCAGGUCCUGCUGGCACACUUCUCAUGGGCAUCUUGUUAGAGCUGUAUUCAACUAACCUGGCCUGCUAAUGGAAGCCAGUGCGAUGGUUUCUGUUAAUAGGGCUUCCCCCUUUCCCUUGUGCAUCCCUGCCUCUCCCAAACCCUCUCUGGAGAAUCAGGAAGAACCCACAGAACAGCAUGUUGGAGGAGGAGAGAGGGAAUUGUUCCACCUGGCAAGCAGAAACGCUUGCGCCGACAGAAUGAAGGAAGAGUGUGAUGUCGAAUUCCUUCCAUGGUAAUGGAGAAAUCAAGAUUUUUGCAUCACAUCAUGAAACCAUUUAUGAUCUCAGCUACUGCAGGUGAAGGUUUUCCUCCUUCAUGGUUUCCAAUGCUAAGCAAGCUCUGGUAUUCUAGGCAGCGUAGAGAGAAGAGCUAUAGCUGAAACGUGUAUGCACAGCACUGUUCAAAUGGGUUCGCUUUUCGUACUGGCCUUUAAUUCUAGGAAGUCGUCAUAAAGAACCAGUUGCGCCACUAAAAACGGGCCAUUUUCAAUUGCCUUGCUGUUUUCUCUUACUGUAGCUGGCGGUUGGUAUUUAGUGAGUCUCUCGCCUUUUCUACGAAGGGAGGAUAUAAACUUGGAAGAGAGACUGACAAGCAUAAUAUUUUUUAGAUGGGGCCACAGUGACUUUUUCCUUUUUUUAAAAUGAUGGGUGAGAAAACAAAAGAAACACAGAACCUAUAAAAGCCAAAUGACUGAUUUCUUUCCAUGGGAGGGCAGGAGUGGUAUUUAUAACCUCUGCAGGAGGAUAGAUAUAAGGUGGUUUUUGUUGCUUUAGCUUUGAUAUCAGGAGGCUCCAGUUCACAGGGGAUACUAGAGUCUCUUGCUCGUUUGUAAAACAGAAUGUUUUCUAGGCUUUGCUUUGAAGUAUACAGAAGAGCUCUGUAGAACCAAAUAUUUUUGAAAGGUAUUUCAACAGGCAGGUGUUACUUAAGGAUGAUUCCUUAAAAUAACAGAGGCUGGGCUUAGUGUCGUGAGUAUAUUUUGUCCUUUUCUUACUAAUGAAAUAAUUACAGGUGUUAUGUUGAUUGUGUGUGUGUGUGUGUGUGUGUGUGUAAAACACUACAUUGUCACUGAUGCUGAUCACCUGAUGAACUUUUAAAAUAUGCUGUUUUAUUGCCCGGCUGUGUAAAAUGGCUCUCAUUGUUUGUCCCAAAGCAGUUUUAAAAGUGUUUAUGUGAAAACGAUUGCUUCACAGGGCAUUGGUAAAUCUGAAAUAUAGAAUUAAACAUGUGAAUCUGAAAAGGCGCAGCCAAACAAAUUCAGUUCAGAGUGGAACUAAUAUGAAACUCUUGAAAACUAUAGGGUAGGUUCAGGAAAUAUUUAACAUGGUGCAUUAGAGCUUAUAUUCUCUUGGUUCUCAAAUGGUUCUCUAAUACGACUGAACCAAAUCAAGUUUAACAAACUAAUGUGAUCAGACAUAAUAGGGUGUGUGCUUAAAAAGAAUUUUUCUGACUCUUCCGUACAUUUCUAUAUUUAGAACACAUUAUUUUUGCUUAAUCUGAAGCCAUGUUAUUCUGAAUUCUAGCAUCUUUUAUGCCUUGCCAAUUGCACAGUGUCAAGUUUUAUAGUUAGAAUGUGUUCAGACCUUCAAAGCUCUCUGCCUUGUAGUGCUACUUAGCAAUGAACUAUUCUUUUCUGAUAGUUUCUUUUAUUAAGCCAUUUAUUUAUAUUGAUAAACUAAUUGAGAAGCCUCCAGACUGAGCUGAAGCUAGUCAUCCCUGAAGUUAGUUAUGACUGACAUGUUAACAUUCUUUUCUGUGACACUUUUAUCUCAGAUAACAGUAGCAAGAUUAGGACCUCUGCCUGCAAUUACAGCUAAGCAUCACAGUGUCUGUGUUUCCUUUAAAAUAUAAUGCCAAAUAAUUAUGGUCAGUUUUGGCUGGCUUGUUUCAUUCAACCAACACCUACAGUAGUCACCUCACUCAGUUAUCAUUCAAUAAUACAUGUGAACAAUGGGUUAUAAAAUUGCUACUAAAAUAUUUCUAAACCUAAUGGUCUUGGCAGUAAGAGCUGCUCAACAGUGGAACAGACUCCCACAAGAGGCGGUGGAAUCUUUCCUUGGAGAUUUUUAAGUAGAGGUUGGAUGGCCACCCAUCUUGUAUGACCUACCGUAUUUUUCGCUCCAUAAGACGCACCUGACCAUAAGACGCACCUAGUUUUUAGAGGAGGAAAACAAGAAAAAAAAUAUUCUGAACAAAACAGUGGAUGCAUGAUUUUUGUGGUUCCUGCUGUGGCCACAAGACAUUUGAUCUGAUGCUGAAUUUGGGGUGACCCAAUGCAAAAAUCCUGAGGAAGCAUGUGGAUCCGUGCCUUGUAACCACGUUUUUGCGCCAUUGCGGCCCCACACAACAGUGGGUGUGUGGUUUUUUUGGUGCAGGCUGUAGCCAUAGACAUGUUAUGUGAUCUGAUGGUGAAUUUGGGGUGACCCAGUGUAAAAAUCCUGAGGAUCCAUGGGCUUUUACCUCCCCCCUUCCAGGCAGCCUCUGCAUCCCUUAUCUCUCUUCCGAUCCCACUGAUCAGCUGUUUCCUUUCAACACUCCCUUCCCUCUUGUUUUUCUUAGUGUCUUUUCCUUAGCUGGAGCAGUUUUUUGCUCCUCAUUUUCUUCUAAUUUCUCUCUUUAUUGCUUUAGUUUUCCUGUUUCCCCCCUUUGCAAGUUUGCUGUCUUUACCUCCCCCCUCCCAGGCAGCCUCCUUUAUCUCUAGCGUCCCUUAUCUCUCUCCCCGAUCGGCAAACAUUCAGCAGCUUUGUUUCAACAUCCACUUCCCUCUUUCAAAAAAGAAAGCACGAUCUGCUUUUUGGCCCUGGGCAAUUCGGCUCCAGGGACCACGCAUUCACUCCAUAAGACGCAGAGAUAUUUCCCCUUACUUUUUAGGAAGAAAAAAGUGCGUCUUAUGGAGCGAAAAAUACGGUAGUUGAGAUUCCUGCCCUUGGAAUCCCUUCCAACUCUAUGAUUCUAUGACAUGAGCUGUAAUGUUGCACUCUGUAUUCUUAAAGGGUAUGGGUGAUACCAAUUUGUGCUCACCUGCGAGUGGAAUGGAUUUCCAUGAGCAGGACGGGACUCCCCCCUCCUUUCCUCCCUGCGGUAGCCUAUCCCAUACCCCCAGAAUAUACACGGACUUCUGCUUGGGGAAUGUCAGAAAUCACCCAAUAUUUUAUCCAGAUUUUGUACUUUUUAAGUAUAGUGCUGCAUGUUAGUGACUCUGUUGAGAUGCUUGUUCCCACGUAUAAGACACCCAAAUAUUUCACACAUUAUAAAAGUCUGUAUCCAAAAGCAAAAUAGCAAAAAUCCACACUGGGUAUUUAAGCUGAGUAAUUGUAAUCUGUUUGGGUAUUUUAGAUUUUGUAUGUUUUAUAUAUGUACCGUAUUUUUCCGUGUAUAACACGACCCCUAUUUUUUGGGACUCCAAAUAAAGAAAUCCCCCAUAUGCACUAUCUGUGUAUAAGACGACCCCCAGUUUUAAACUUGAAAAAAUAGGGGGGGAAAUACAGUCUUAUACAUGGAAAAAUAUGGGGUAUGUGGGUGUGGGUGUGUAGUUUAUUUAUUUGGUUUUUCAGAUUAAAAUUUUACACAUAGCCAACAAACAAAUAAAAGCAAGAUUCCAAGGAAUCUCCUGGACUUCCCUACUCCUCUUUGUGGGUUCUGUUGUUAAUCAUUUCCUCCUGCAUCUUUUAUGAUAAUCCAAAUCUUUUACCUCUCCAUUGUGUCCAAAAUUUGCCAUUAAACUACAAGUGAUAUUCCAAUCCUACUAACGAUCUUAACUGUGUAUGAUGGUCUUUAAGAGAAGUUAUAAAUUUUCCCCAUUCCUUAUUGAAAUUUUGGUCUUCGUGAUUUCUGAUUCUUCCGGUCAUUUUAGCCAUUUUGGCAUAAUCCAUCAACUUGACCUGCCAUUCUUCUCUGGUAGGGACUUUAUCUUCUUUCUAUCUCUGGGCCUAAAUCUUCUAUGUUUUAAAGUAGGGUUGCAAAAAAAUAUUUUAAAAUCCCCUAGAUUUUUUUUUAAAACUGUUUUAUCUUUUGUAAACUGCUUUGUGACCUUUUACGAUCAAGUGGUGUGUAAAUUUAUUUGAAAUAAAUACAGUGAUACCUCGGGUUAAGUACUUAAUUCGUUCCAGAGGUCCGUUCUUAACCUGAAACUGUUCUUAACCUGAAGCACCACUUUAGCUAAUGGGGCUUCCUGCUGCCGUCACGCCGCUGGAGCAGGAUUUCUGUUCUCAUCCUGAAGCAAAGUUCUUAACCUGAGGUACUAUUUCUGGGUUAGCGGAGUCUGUAACCUGAAGCGUAUGUAACCUGAGGUACCACUGUAAACAGUUUUUAACAGAACUGAAUGCUUGUGUCCAUCUAUGUAUAAGUAACUUAACUGCUGCAUUUUUCAGGUGCCUAAUCAAGGACUUCGAAAAACGCCCAUCUGUCACUCACCUUUUGGAACAUCCCUUCAUAAGACAGGUCCAUGGCAGAGACAUGGCACUCCAAAAACAGCUGGCAGAUCUCAUUCAAGCACAACAACAUUUAGGCUCCGUAGCCAAGACAAGGUACUGUUCAGUUUCGCUAUAG